AGGGCAUGACUUAAUGGGAUGAGACGCAAAACUCAUUCAAACAGUCUGUUGAAGAAUCUGAGAUGCUUUCGCAGCCUUAGUCAUCGCGGCCAUAUGAUUUUUCUAGGCCCACCGGACUCUAUGCGGCUGCAUUUUUUUAAUGUGAACAGAUUUCAUUUGUUGGAGUGAUGCCUUGGCUACAGUAAGAUGCGUUUCUAAGGAGGGGACAGUCAUGGAUUCAGGAUCUGGUUUGUUUCAUUAUAACGUGAGAUCACCGCUGCUGAAACACCAUGGAGUGAUUGACGUACAGUAACUGGGUUUCGGGAGCGAGGAGAUCAACCCUUUUUGGUACAUCGGUUGCCUAUUUCUCGGUACUCCAAUCCUGCAUUUUUUUUGUUGACGGAGCCCCUUGGCAAUCGGCAUUAUUUCCUCUCCGUCUGUGGCUAGUGGGGGAGGCGGAGAGAGAGCCGCGGAGGAAGGCGCCGUAUUAGCGUUAGAGCUGCUGUCCACGAAUAAUGCUUUAUUUUGGGGAAUGAAACGUGGCUUAUGUUUUUGCGAGCAGGACUACCAAACUUGUGCUCCGCUGCAGCAUUUUGCGUCUUUUCCCCUCCGCUGCAGAUGAUACAGGAAAGCAUCAUAGCGGUACCCCACCACUGCAAUUUUUGGGCAAAGAUAAGAGUGGCGUCGUCUUGCAGUUAAGGCUACACUAUGGCAGCAUAGGGGGCAUCUUCUGGAGGAGGGGGGAGAAUCCGCCAAUUCCUUGCUUAGCCUGUCUCCAAUGCCUUAUUAUUAGCGGAAAGCAGUGACUGGAUUUGAAACCCAGCUGUUUACCCGUUGGAAAUCACUCGAAAAAGCAGCGGAUCCCGAUGGCAUGGACACUUAUGCAAGGUCUGCCGCGCUGCCGUGCUACAGGAGCCUACUCGCUGUCUCUACAUUCAACCCAGCUCCAUCGCCAUCGCCCCGCAGCCGAGAGAGCCCUGCCGCAACGCGACCAGCGACCACCGAGCCAAAGCAGGCGGCAUGAGGCUUGAUUCAGUGCAUUUAUCCAUGCUGGUCAUCGGGGUCUCAUUCGCCUGCUACUCCCCGAGUUUGAAUUCCCUGCAGGACCAGGUUUUCAAAUCCGCCGUGGUGAUCGAGGGCAAGGUGCAGUCUACGCCUGUGAACGUCUCCGCGGAGCCGUAUCGUGUGAAUGUCAAAGUGCUGGAUGUUUGGCCCCAGAACAGCGGGGGUCUGGAGCGAGAACAGCUCGUCACCGUGGGGGAAUUUGGAUCCGAGGCUCCGUGCACCAAAGUGAAGAAGAACCACAAGUACAUAUUUUUCAUGGACCCCACUGACGAGCCCUUGGUUUUCAAGGCAUCCUUCGCGCCUCUGGACACGAGUGGAAAGAACCUCAAAAAGGAUGUAGGGAAGAUCUUGUGUGAGGACUGCGGUAAGUGAAUGUAUUGUGGAUUACCGGUGAAGUGCAACCCGGAAGAAUGAACGGUGUGUUAGCAGCCCGGCUGGCUGGGGGCGUUUUUUGGUGACAGGUAGCUACUCUGGUGUUUCGUGGUUAUUCUGGCCACAGCAAUGUUCGGAGUCACCGAGUAACCAGAUAGAUGCCUGAGGGGCGUCUAUGCAGCAAUUUUCGACAACUCUCGCAGGCUCCCAUAGCCCACAUGAUCAAUCAAACUCUCUUUCUCUCUCCCUUUCUCUUUCCCCUCAACUGCAUCAGACAUGCGCCUCGCACUGUUGCUUAUGAGGAAUUGCAAUUCGUGUGUAUCCAACUAUCUGCAUCCUGCAAACCCGCAUUAUAGUUUAAGGCACAUUUUAAUGCAUCUGUUACUUCACAGGCUUCAUUUACAAGGGUGUGUUUGCCUAAAUGUCUAGCUGCUUCUUACUUGAAAACAGAGCAUAUGCGUUUCUUAGAGCCAUUACAGUUUCAGGACCAGGGACAGCGGCCCGUAUCACCGGCGUCACGUGGGGGGAAAUCACGCUGCCCUAAGCAAUUUGGCUGCCAGGCUCUACUUAGACUCAUGCUCUGCUUUAAUGCUUUAAUACCUCACAUUGUGGCACAGCCUAUUGUAUCACUAGUCAGGCACAAAUGCAUCUGUAGUGCAGAAACAGGGCUGACAGUGUGAGUGCAGUGAAAACAGGGCUAGUUUUUUGUAAGUAUGAAGGUGUCAGCACUCAGAAGAUUUCUUUGUUUAUUGAGACACAUGCACAAGUAGUUCAAGAAUAGACUUCAGAUUAAGAUUUCUACACUAAACCAUACUUUUUUUUAUUCGUAAUCAUAUUAAAAGAACUUAACUGUAUUUAUAUUCUUUCAAUAAGCAAAAAGAUUAUAAGGUUAUUGUUGCAAUGUUACACACAAGUAAAGUCACUGACAUGCAUGUGCAGACACCUCUUUUUCCACAUUAGUGACAGCAUUUCUGAUUCUGUCACUUGAUAUGCUCUAGAGCAACUUCUCGAGUCAAAUUUCACAUUUUGAUUGUCUUCUUUACUCUUCAGCAGGGUAAGUUGCUCCUGUUUAAAUUAUACAGUAGUGUCAGUUUCUGUAACUGGAACUUUGUCUACAGCUCAUGUCCAACACUCAUCAGCCUGCAACACAACCUUAAACUGACAUGACCUCACCUUUUUUUUUUUAAUUCCCUGCAUGUUUUGAGCUGAUUAGACUGAAAACAUCACAUGUGGUAUAAAAUCUUUUACUACCAUAACAUGCUGCACACAUAUCUGCCUCCACUCAUGUGUUGUGGCCUAAAGCACGAAGUGUGCCCUGUACUGCUGCCUCCUUAAAUCCUCUUAGCUUCUACUCAUGGGACACAAAUGCUCCCCCCUGCUCUUGAUUUUGCCACUCUCACUCUGGCUUUUAAACUCAUCAUCCCAUUAGAGAGGUGACACAAAAUGGACCUUAUUACCUCUUGAGUACCUCCACCAGCCAAAACAUCCCCCCCUGAUUUUUCCACCACUUAGCAAAGCCGGUCAGUGACGCGAUCAAACUGGCACAACGGCCUCACUGUAUUACCUGAGAGAGUUGCCACGCCCUCUCAUUGGGGCCUCAGAAGAUUACUUGUAUGUUGUUUAAAGUACUCAUCAUUAUAUCUGAUGUUGCUCAUGUGAGCCAUUGUAACAGAGGAGCUUCUAUCUCAGAGUAUUUAAUCUUGUCAUUGUUCCUUUUGUGACCACUCCCCAACCCCACCCCAGCUGAUUUUCAACAUCACACACAGACAAACAGUCAGUCUCUUGACAGACCCUUGUCCCUUUGAGCCCUCUCCAUCAUUUGGCAGGGACUGAAGAGCCAAAAUGCUCUGUUGGCUGAUUCUUUUCCUCAUAUAAGCCUCAUAACAAAAAUCUGGGCCACAAUGAUCAGACUGUGAACCUUGAACUUGUGAAGAUACACUUCAGUGGGCCUCUCGUACUGUGGCUCAGUUUGCUUGAUCAAAUCCGAAAUGUUUGCAGUUGAAGGUGCAUCAAAGUAAUAUGUAGAAAUAAUGAUCGAAAAAGUAUCAAUACGUUUUCAGUAGUAAAAGAGUCCAUGUUUAGCAUCUUUUAUUAGUAUUCAGCCUCUAUUGUCAAUGUUUUGCUCACCUUAGCCUAGUUUCCUCAAUAAAGCACAAAUCAACCUCUAUCAGGCUAUGCACAAACUCAAAAAACUUGUCCGAUAGUCCAGCAUUUUGCACACUUACCAUCUUCUCUGCUGUGCUUCUUGCUGUGUCCAGCACUGUAUAUAAAUCUAGUAUUUCAUUCACCAUAAAAACGUCUGUAAACAUAAUUCAGGCAGCAAUUGCGUUGACAUUUCUACCCAAUUAGGAAUGCAGUUUAAUGACAUAGAAGCUUUUUCUGAGGAGAAAGGGUUGAACGUUAAUUCGUGGCCCCCUUAACUCACAUCGCAAACUUGCAUGAAAUCCCUCUUGUACAGAAGCACAGAACACUCCCAAGAGUGUGAACCAGGAGACUGAAUGUACAGCUCUAAAAAUGAUGCCGUUGUUGACAUCCGGUUUCUAAGCACUGCCUGAUAAACAGGUUACCUACAGAGCUAACUACCUGCAACUCUUUCUCAGGAAUCAGUCAGCUGGGAGCCUUGAGUUUCUGCCAAAGUCAAAAGAAAGCACUAAGAUAUAAUACCCUUCUCAUUUAAAACUAUCUAACUGGCCUCGGAAAUCAUCCUGAAAGAUUUUUGUCAAGUCCUUUUCAUUAACACACGGCAGUAAGUAUUUCCUGGCAGUUCAGUGCUGAUUUGCUCCAUGUCAUGGAUCACACACUGUCACUUUUAAGAAGUUUUUCCAGGUGUAUGCAUAUUUGACUUUUUUUUCUUCUACAGAAUGUGACCUUGUCUUGACUCCUUUUUUUAGCUUUAAUAUCAAAUAUAUCUGCAGGCUAUGAAAUGGAGGAAAUGACAUGCGAUGCAAAAAAGGAAAAUUGCAUCUGACUUAAUGAGAGCAUUGAAAGUAUGUUUCCUGUUAGAAUGGGGUCUUGCAUUGCACGACUGAAACUGCAAUUUUAGAUGUGCUUUUUUUAGGUUUCAGUGAGUAUUACUGAAGUGUUUUCGCUGUAUGGCUCAGUCGAAAUCAAGUGAAAACAGAUGAAGUAAUCAAGGCCUUUAGCUCUUUAUCGAUACACUCAUAGAGGAGACCUACAUAACUUCAUUUUGUAUGUGCGUGUGUGGGGGUGUAUGCAGACUUUCGGCGGCACUGUGUCAGUAAAAGUACAGGACAAAUUGGUGCAACACUUGCGCACAAAAAAGGUCAUCUGAGUCUGAGAGUAACACAUUGUCCUUACAACCGCCUUCAUACUUGUUAUUGACAGGCGUGCAACUCAUUCCCUCCGUUAAGAGCAUUUAAUUAAUGCUCAUUAAGCCUCAUUUAUUCCUCACAAAUGAAAUAAUGGAACUGUAUUGUCGUGGAAUGCACACUCUAUCACUAACCUGUCACUGUAUGCAGGUCUCAGCUGCUGCAUUGAAGUGGUAGACAGGCAGAAUUUAGCCUUGAGCAGCGAGCAGAGCGUCUUUCUGUGAAGUGAGAGAGUUCCUCAGAAGAGCUCGACAUAGAACAUGAAUGACAGCUGUUGAUGCCUACUGGGUUUUGCCCUUACCCCGCAAAAUUGUUUGUAUGAAUGAACAAGCACCUGCGAGUUGGAGACAUAUAAAUUUGUUUCCACUAAGGUUAGAGUGUUGUGUUUGUUUUUCUCUGUUUGCUAGGUCAUUUAUGGAGGCUCUCUGCCCUGCUGGAUCUCUGCUCGGCCCCUCUACUCUGACAAGACAGCUUGAUGUAUAUUUAUAAGAUCUCUGAAAAAGGGCAUGGCCACUUUCAGUAAUUGGACCCUCAUUUUCCUCUCCCAUUAGGCACUCUCUAACAAUCAUUCAGAUCUGUACUCCACAUUUCUAAAGACAUCAUUGUACAAGCUAUCAUUAUGACAGAGUGAGCGUAUUGAGGCUUCGUCUUAGGGAGUCACAUUUCUGCAGGGACGGACCAGUUUUUCUGGUAGAGUUGAGGUUCACUGAUUCGGGUCAUGGUUAAUACCUGUUUGUUGGACUUUGAUGCUGCAAAGCAUGAAGCAUGGGAUGUUCUUGGAGUCUCUAACGCCUCUAAAACAUGGAGUAAGGGGGAUUUAUACCUGUGACUUUAAAAAAAAGCAGCUCUCGUCUGUGCAUGUUUUGGUCCAUUGUCUAGAACUUGUAAAAAGGUUCAAAUAGUCAGCUGUAUUUGUUUGGCUGUAGUAUUGUGUGGGCAAGCAUUUGGUCUACUUCACCACAGUGUCAGUGAAUUCAUUCAGCCUGUAAAGCACUGUAAAGCAUGACUGUUAAGGUUAGAUGACUAAUGCACAAGUGAGGAGUUGAAAUUCCUAUUCUGCCUCAACUUUCGUCUCCUCAGCAUUUACUUUGAAGCGGUUUACAUUCAGCACCCCCUUCAAGUUGCAUCAGUCCAGGCUUCACGGGCUCGCUUCAUCAUAGAAGAAUCAGACCUUCGCUGAAUCUUAAGUAGACAUAAAUCCUUUACAGACCACGGUCUUAACAUUACUUGCCUUGAUUGAGUUUAACAUUGUAAUGCAAGUGCUGGAGAUUAUUUAUAGAAUGCUUUGAGUGUAGUUUUUCCACUCCUCUGCAUGUUACAAUGUCAUAGUCAUGUCGAGAUGCUUAUACAGGCCCUGUGGGCUUAGCUGUGUGCAGCAUCUGUUAAUGUUGUGGAGAUAUUACAGCCCUGCAAUAAUCGGGGUGAAGACAUGGUUACUAUUGUUAAGAGGAUCUGUCUAGCAUAGAGCUUAAGCUGUCUUUCACAUGUCAUAACACACUAACCUGGUACGCUGGCGCUGUCUGGCAUGAAAACAUUUCAAAGCAUUAAAUCCAACGCACCAUCAGAAGCUCAGGGUUGAUCUAGUGAUGGUUUAUUUCUUUAAAAACGAUUUAUGUGGAAAGUAUGCACUGUUGUUAUCCACGAAUUUCUGCUGUCAAAGCUGGUAUGGUUUGGAUACUCACCAACAAUGUAUGUACAUAGACUGUUGAUCAAACAACUCACCAGGUUACCAGAUCUAAAGAAGUGGUUUUGGAUGACACAACAGCUACUUUUGAUGUUAGACCAGGACCUGAUAUAACCUCAGAUGCAGAGAGUUAUGAGUGUGUAUUAGAGAUAUGCAUAGUUUAUUUUUUUUUAAUAAGAAGUCAACCACCUAGCAUCCUUUAUCUUCUUUUUAUUUUUGUUCCUGUUUUUGUGGAAAUAUUCAAAAUAUAGUAUUUUUGGAUUGGCUAGUGGUUGAUCCAUAGCUAGCUUGCCGCUAAGUAGAGGAUGAUAGAAUUAGUGGUUGUGAAAUUAAGAAUCCAGGACCCUUGUCUUGCAUCACCCAUUACACUACAUGCUGACCUGCUUAUUACCCAACCACUAGCAAAAAAACACUUAUCAACUUAUCACAAACUACUGAUUCAAACAUGAGUUAUUUGUUUCAAUAAUAUUUACUGUACUUUUGUACCUAGAAUAAACCAUCGCUUUGACUGAACUGUUGGUACUGCAUUCAUGGUAGCAGUUUAUUAUCUUUGCAUACCUUGCGCUUUGAAUUCCUAUUGAAGGUAAUAUAAGUCAAGGUGAACAGGACUUCUGCAGAAAUAUCUGCUGAUGUGCCCGUCCUUAUCUUGCUCUCCUUCUUGUCAGAGCUUUGUCGUUAUUGCAUCUUUUAACAUGACUGAGGCAAAAAAUGUUAAAUUGAAUUGUAAUAAUCUGCAGUUUAGGGAUGCCUUUGCAUGGAUUGCAGGACAGGAACAUACUCCACUUUACCCAGUUGGAGAUGGUUGGGGCUCAGUAUCUCUCACAUCUGUGCUCAGUAACUGUCGUUACAGUAAAUGACUGUUGUUACAGUAAAAUACUGUCAUUACUGUCAAGACCAGCCUGAAACAGAAAAAAACUUUUUGUGAUCACAAUUUUUGCAAAUUUAAGAUGUUGAUUAAAAAUAAACUCUUUGUCAGUGUUAACAGGUCGAGGUGAAAUAAAACGCACUCCUUUCCACGAUUCGAUUUAUGACAUUUGGUUAUCCCUGUUGUAACUGUUACUAUUGAGAAUCAAUUAUCACCGUCAUGAUAGGGUUUUGACCAAUCAAAAUAAAGCUAUUAAUCAGAUAAUUAGCAGAAAAAGAAAAAAAAGGUCACUUUAAAAACUUUGUUUUUAAACUGCCUGCUCCCACUGAUCAACCUGUGGUAUAAAUAUGAUAUCAUGACAAAUCUGUACAGUGUGCAGAAUGUAGUGGCAUUUAGCAGAACAAAACAGGUAAAAAAAAAUUAUAUGUAUAUCCAUUAUAUGUAUAUCCAUUACAUUAUAUGGAUUAUAAUGUUUGUAGGCUUGUUUCAAUUAGAGCAAAAUCACCUGAAAUAAAAAAAAAGAUUUGUUUUAUUAACUUGGAUUAAACUUUAUUUACAUUGCCACAGGUCCCUUUUCAUGGAGGCCACCAUCUGCACCGCCAUGUUUCUUCAGCAGAGCAGCAUUGACAAACUAGUAACAUGCAUUUUUGUAUUUAGUGAGUGGCAAAAUAUACAGUUUAGAAGACAAAGAAGAAAAAGAGGAAGACAGUUGUUAUUGUUGUUGGCAAAAUAAUUGGACAUUAGACAUGAAUUAAACACUUUUGAUUGGAAGAACUUUAUGUACUUAUUAUGCAUUACUGAUAGAUUUAGCUAGAUAUUCCAAUUUCUACACACUGUACCUUUAAGGCAGUUAAUAUAAGAUUAAUUCAUGUAUCCAGACUGCUGUCUUGCUAGUUCUCAGUGGUUCUGAUAAAAGAUGACACAGCAGUUUAUUUAGAGAGGAGCUUCAGAAAAGCAAGCUGGAGUACCCUGCAGAAGACUGAUUUUUGCUUGAAUAGAUAUUUAAGUGGACUUGUCAAAUUAUUCUAUAUCCAGAUGCCUGCAAUACACGCCCAACUGCAGCAUAAAUUAGGUCGUGGAAAUGUUGCUGUCUUCAGGUACCUGCGGCAUUUCGGACAAUGUCUGAAGAGAGAGCAAAAACCAAGAAAACAUGUGCAUUGGCAGAAUGCUGCAAACUUAGUCCCUGUUGUAAAAUCAGACUGUUGCAGGUGUCACAGCUUUGUGUUUUUCAGCCCAGACAUGUCUCCCACCAUUUGGCCUAAAAAAAUAACUUCGUUGUCCUGGAGGCCAACAUUUCAACUGAAGUUAUUUUCUCCCAUUGAUAUAUAUCAGCUGAAUAAAGCUCCACUUACUGCCCCCUACAGACGUGGAGCACCUCUGUUUGUGAUAACCAGAUGCUCUGUGUUUUUCCUGUUGCAUCUUGUUUUGUUUUUCUCUGCAUCUUAUAACUCAGCAGCCUGACUCUCCUAAUGUUAUUCUUUUAGGCAGCUGUACCAUGCUUUUAAUGCAUUUGAUUUGACUGCAUUGGUUUGUCUUUCUGCAGCACAUUUCUCUGCAGGUUUUUUUUCCUCUAUUUCCUUUGGACGUCUUCCUCAUCUUGUCUGUCCAUCCAUCUAUUUGUCACCAUGUUAGUCAGUAGAGUAGUAGAAUUGUGUGUGCUUGCUAGUGAAUUAAAAAAGCACAGGUGGAAUAAGUAACAAUAGUGGCUCUGAUUCUUGAAUUAGCUGCAAGUUGGCAUGUGUAAUAACAUCAGGAUCCAUUCACACCAAGAGGGAAUGCAGCCAUGACGAAGGUUUGAAGAAUUUUUGGCUAGAUCAGGUCUAAGAAGCUUGAUUGGUACCUAACACGAGUAGAAUUCUGAAGAGUAUUUCAGGUUCUGAUAAGGUCACUGGGUAGAUCACAUGCACAAUGGUUUCAAAGUAACUCUGCCAAUUUGUUAAAUUUCAGAAUAAGAAGUGAAAAGUAAAAGAAAAAAAGGGGGAGCCAAAAAAGUGCUUCAAAGAUGUUUGUACUUGUCCGUCUUUUUCCUUUCAUUCUCCUUUGGCAUCAGGUAUGACUGCUCCAGAGUUCAUCUUAGGCCAAAGUAAUUCUGAGAACGGGAGCUCUGUGCACAGAGAUUUUAUGGAUUUACACUCCUAGAAGAUUUACAAAAAUGAGAGAGUGAAAACAAAGUUGCAUUCUGACAGACUACAGUAAUCCUAUAAUCUUGGCUUGUACUGUAUGUACUUUAAUCACCACAGAAAUAUCCACCAAUGAUGAAAAAGCCCCCCCCCCCCCCGUUUAUAAAAUCUCAGGACAUGACAUGAAGCUAAGUAGUCGUUUUUUUUUUCUGCAGUAAUGUGCUGCACCGCAGAGCUCAAGCACUACCAGCCAUUGUGAGUUCUUAAACAUGAGUUUAGUUCUACAUGAGCGCUUUACCCGCUCUGCUGUGACAGAUAUUUUCCACCGUUUUGAAUGUGUGUUCAGCAUGGCCUUUGAUUUAACACACACCAAAGCUAUGCUGUGAAUGAUUAUGAAUUUCCAUGCUGUAAUACAGAAUUACUGCUGGGCUCAUGGAGAAUAAUGGGCUUAUGAGUUCAGCUGCACAAGAACUAUGAAACAAGUCUGCAGUGGCAUGCAGUUCUAGGCUUUUAAUUUGAUAUCAAAUUAAUCACAUGAAUCACACAGCUGCCAACCGCUUCAGCAACAUUUAAAAUGUACAGUAUUUACAACGUUUGUUGGAUUAGAAGAGCAGGGAGAAAACAGCCAAUAUUUGACAAGUGAGCAGAGUUGGUGAGAAAAGAAAACAGAAAAGGGCAGAUUUUUUUGUGUUUGUUUUUGUUGGUUAAAACCUAAUUGGAUAAAUCUGCAUACCUUAAACGAUUAAGAAUAAAUUAAGCAUUAAAACACAUCUUCCCUUUUCUCAGUAUUGGUGUUUUUCAGGAUUAUUUUAUGGACCGAGAGGAAAGGACUGGAUAAAGUUGGAAACUGGGAAGAGAGAGCGGAGGGAUGACAUGUGGCAAAGGGCCAAGGGGCUGAUUUGAGUCCAGUCUCUGCACAGGGGGGCAUGUGAUUUAGCCACAGAGCUACACUGGCGCCACCAGUACUCAUAUUUCUACGUGGAUAAAUGCACAAAUAUAUAUAUAUUUAAAUCUAUUAGAUUCAUCAUGCAUGCUUUUUUUUUAACUUUACAGUUUUUUUUUUUCAGCACAACAGAGACAAAGAUGUGUAGAUGUACAUGGAGAAGAUUCUAAAUAUGGAUAUUUUAUUGGCGUAUUUGUAAAUUCUGCAGCUCAAGAGUCUCCAUCUACUGUUUUUUAUGACACCAAGGCUUUUUUAUUUUGUCCACAAGUCAUCAAUUUCUUUUAGUGAUCCCAAAACAUUGAUGUAUUUAAAGAACGUCACCUCUAACAUAGUAGUGUACCACCUAAAGUACUGCUUGUAAGUAGCUGUCUGAUAACAACCAUCUGACAGAGAAGGAGGAUUGAGUCAGCUGCUGGUGGUGUGAAUGCAGAUUAGUUUUACAGUCAGAAGUCAUACAUAAUGUCCCAACCAAUAAUCUCCAUUAAUCUCUGAUUUCAAAUCAUACAUGUGAUGAAAGCUGCUUGUAGAACAGCCAAACAAUUUAGAACAGAGUUAAAAUAUUAUCUGAGGGGAUAUUUUCCCCCUUCGGUUUGAGCGAAAAUGAGUCCACAUGACUUUGGUUUGACUAAGUAUCCUGGUCAGAGGGGGCAAAAAUAAUUCUGCUUGGUCAAACUAACUUGUGGGACCAGUAGGAGGCGAUAAAGUUUGUGUCACCAUGAAGAACAUUCUCACCGUGAACGGAGAAUUUCAGUUCUUAAAGUGGUCCCCUAAAAGCACAAAAGCAUUCACUUAAAUAUUUAUGUAUUUAAUGUGAUUUUACAUCUUUAAACCGAGCAGUGCUUACCAAACAUAACUACACCAGUACUGCGUUAUUGGUGUUUUUGUUGUUUCAGGCGCUGCUGGUCGCACAGAUCUCCACUGAGCAUGUCUGAAUUUAGGCGAUGACCUCAUCAUUCUCAAAAGAAUUCGUGUUAAAUCUCUAAGCGGGAAUGAAAAGGACUUCUCAGAAAUCUCAUUUAACCUUUGUUUUUUUAAUUCAGCAGUAACAGCCUAUUAGGAAGAUCUAAAUGAAGAAUAAUACAGGUCUGUACCUGGGGUAACGUGUGGACUCAAAAAGAGUGCCUUGACUUAUUUUUGUCACACUUUAAAAGUUUUUUAUUUUUUGUUAUUUUUUUCAUUAUUUUUAUUUUUUUACAUGACCACAACCUUUUUGUUAAUUUGUUGUUGGGAUCAGCCUCAAUGCUUGAUGGCUUUUUGUAUGUUUAGUUCUGCCUUUUGGAAUUUUUUUAAAUUUUUAUUUAUUUAUUUUUUAUCACAGAUGUCACAGCAGUUCAACUAUUUUAUAGGGUGUACAUGACAAUUUUAUGUUAUAUCCAAUCAUACUUUGCUGGUUUUGUCCAUUUGCACUAUACCGUUGGAGUCUAGCAGCACACAGAUGUAUCUUCAGAAACAACCAAAAGUCUCUAUAUUAUCCACCAUGUGGGAUUAAAAAAAAGAAUUCACUGUUCUUGGGAUACUAAACUGAAUUGAAGCGGGGAAAAAAAAGUAUGCUAGUAAUAUGUUUAGCCUCCCAGUUCGUAGUUCAACUCUCUUUUCUGCUACUCCAACAAUCAGGCCUCUGACUUUUUCAACCCAGUGAACAAUGUUGCCUUCACCACAAUGAGGCAGUAUAUGAUCAGGAUCAGUCUCAGGAAGCAGGAGGAACUCCGAAAAGUUGAAAGGGAUGAGUCUGCUGGGAAUGUCACAGCAGUUGUUCGACUCCCUGCCCCUGCGGCUGGAUCUGUGUCAAAAAACAGUGAAAAGCCUACAGUCAGUGCUCGGUCCUGGAGUUAUGUACAGGAUAACAACUGUGAAAGUCACUGCCAUUUGGAUUGUACUUUGUUUCACAAGAGGAGGCCAUCUUUCUGCUGUUGUUAAUGCUGCUGUCAGCUGUAAGCGGAUGUGUUCUUCUGACUAAACUAACUGUAAUGGUGUCCCUCAGGGAGAAGCAAUCAUGUACGGUGUUGGACAGAGGUCAAAAAGAUGCCAAGUAAUAACUCUGAGCAGUUGUGGGGUUGGAAAACACGGACAGCUGCCCGCAGUGUUUCUUAUUCACAAAAAAGAUCAGCAGCAUUUAAAUGCAACCAUAGAUCAUAUUUAAGUCUAAUAAAACACGGUGGCCUGAAUGAUUCUUUUACUUUAUUCGCAGUUGGAAUAAAAGCUCAAACCAACUUUGGAGAAUUAUUUAGGCAAGUCCCAAAAUUCUACCACACAACCCAAACUGAAAUUAGAAAAAUAAAAACCCAGGGACAUACUUAAGAAUAUGGCCUAUUAAUUUCUCAGUCUGUAAUGUGUUUAUAUCAGGCGUCUCUUUACAAUUUGUGCUGUGUGAAGGCAGUUUAAGUUUACCCUGCCUCUUGAAUCAUUCAGUAAUUUGCAGCUAUCUUGGGCUGCAAUACUCUUCCUUCACAGGCUGCAGCUAGUGCAUGUGAUUAAAUAUUAAAAAGCUUUUUUUUUUUUUUUUUUUUUUUCUGUACUCAGCAUGAAAGGUUGUCGACAAAAUUAACCAUUUAAAGUCACAAAUAGUUUCAACAUUCUACUAGACAUAACAGCAAGAAAGAAAAAAAAAAAAACGCACACUAGUAUCAGACGAAUAUAAAAUGUAGUUGUCCGCUGUGCUGCAUGCUGGACCUAAAACUACAGGUUUACUGAAAGAGCUCGCUGCUGCUGGAACUGUAAUCACCAUGCAUUUGCCAUUUUGCAAACAGAAAACAAGACAAGCCAAAGAACAAAUCAAUCAUUUAGCACCGUAAAUAAAAUAUGAUGUUGGUCCGUUUUGGCAUGCUGUCUGGCAUGUCUCCGACUCAUGAAAUAUUACACUUUGUGCCUUGAAUUUUGUCCUACAUAAACUGUUCGUGGACAUUGGAUUGACUUAUACUUUGGAGCAAAAGGCUGCCAAUAAUUUGUUUCAGGGCUGUUAACCUCAUUUUGAGUUCACUUGGCUUUGUUAACAUCUAUCGACAGCUCCAUUAUUAACCCUGUUUAGUCGUGUAAUCCCGCCCCGGAUCAAUGCAUGUAAACGGCAUAACUCUAGAAAACCAAGCUAAGCUCAUUUUUUAACAGCCCCAUAAAGCAGAUUGGCAACUGUGUCAUGCAAAAACAUUUUCCUAACACUUGUUGAGCUUGUUGACUUUGCAUACUCAUGCAGAGGUUGCAUUCACAGCUGAUAGAUACUUUUUUUUUUUUUUUUUACAGAGUAUAAUUGCCUGUAACACCAGGCUUCUUGUCAGGAGUGUCGAGAUCACACAAAUUACGGCUGAGAUCAACAUUGUUUUGGCAUGUUGCAGAAGAAACCUGCUAUUGCUCAGUCCAAAGAGGGAGGAUGAGGCUGGCGGGCACAAAUUUCCGUGUUCUUUCACUUGCAGAUCUUUGUAGCUGUGGGCGUAGCAGAAUAGAAAACACAUUCCAUAAUAUUCCAUAAACUGGUUUAUAGAUGACAAGAGGGAUCCUCAAUCGCAGGGUAUCAAAGGUUUGUGUAAACAGCUUAAGGUCUUCAAUGUCAGCGUCACAGGCUUUGCUUUAUUUACGGCGCUGCGUGACCUUCAAUUUUUGUAAAUAGGUGCAUUGUUUUCCUGCCAAUGUCAAGAGUUGAGCAAUGUUGCAUUUUUUUUUAUUUUUUGUCUCUCCGGGUUGAUUUCAGAACUCUGGCUUUAACCCCUGAAAACAAAUACAACAUCAAUGCUGUCACUUUGCAUGGGAAUUAUGAAUUUAUGAUCCUGUGAAAAACAAGGUGACUUAUUUCAGCUGAAAGGUGGAGGGAAAAUAUCUUAUUAAUUUUAAAGUGCCAACUAAGGGUGCCAAAGUUGCUGGCAGAAAAAGAACUGCUAAUUAUUACUCUAUUGCUGUUGGGUUUCCAAGUAGUACGAUGCAGAUGGUAUGGAGUAGUAUAGUAUUUGCUGCACGUCUGCAUUUUUAUUUGCAGACAUUCACAAUCAUGUUUGUUACUAUGCAGCUUGGAAAAUGUGUUCAUCAAGUCCGUUUCUGCUCAAGAUCUGCUCAUCAGUUAUUUAUCUGCAGCUCCAAUUGCUUCUUCAUUGUUGCGUCUCCUCUCUGAUGUGUCAGGUAGAUUUGCAGGAAGCAGCUUGACACUGAAGGACAGUGCAGGAAAUAACCUUUCACUGCAGACCCACUCUCUGGUAUUCAUUUACUUACAGGCUGCUGCUUCACUCCCAUCAUGCGCCAGAUUCUCACCCUCUCCCACUUUUAUCUGUCGAUGCAAGCUUGUUGUGUUACGCCACGGUUUGAUGGCACAAACAACAGUCAUUUUGGCCGUUUUGUAGGUCAUGUUAUGGUAAUAAAGGUUGUUGUGUCGACACAGGAAACUGACUGGAAUGAGUGCAUGCCACUUAGGUAACAAAACUAUGUUUACACACAUAUGUUUAAAGUAGUACCCACAACCUUUUUAAAAACACACAUAAACUUAAAAUAGUCUCUUCAAAGUCAGUUUGUCUGCAUCAAGUUUUGCCUCUGAGAGUUUCAUAAGGAAUGCAAGCAAUUUAAGCAGAUUUGUUCCCAGGUCUGUGUAGAUGCUUGCCAGUGCUUGGGUGUGUUAUUCUUCGGGUAAUUGUCUGAAUUUCUGUAAAGUACAUUUGCUUUAAUUCAGUUUCGGCAAGCAUACGCUUGUUUUCCUGCGUCAGAUGUGAGAUGGUGAGUGUCAGAAGUUUGUCUGCAGUUGAGACAGCUAUUAAAGCAUGAGUAGUGCCAUGCAGGCCUGACUAAUACACACUGGAGUAGGUGUAGUAUAGAUAUGCAGGUUAUAAAUGUCCAGAGAAAGCUGACAGUGUCCAUGACAGGAACUUCAACAAAACCACAGGAACAAAAGGACCAUGGGAAGGGCAACUGUGUUUGUGUGCAGCGUGCCGAAGUGUUGAAAAGAGGGGCUGCCGGCACUCCCGCUGGGCGCCUCCCGGUGUGUUUAAGGGACGUGUCCGGCCAUGUUCGCCCCACACACACAGUACAUAUCCCGAGAGAAGGUUUGUUUCCUCAGGUAUGUUGUAGGUGUGGAUUGAUGUGUGUCUUAACAUGAAAAGACUUUAAACAGAAUGGAAUGGCUUGUUAGCAGCGUUUGGAAGUGGACUAAGAGGAAAAAAAUCACGUCUCCUUCAAUAGCAAAGGGGUCUCCUGCCGUUCAGGCUUCAUGUUAGUUUGAGCAGAAUCAGAGAAAACACUCGUUCAUUGCCUAAUCCACUUGGCUGUGAUUGAGAGUUACAAUCCUGCACGUAACUCAGAGGAGGAGCUGAUAAAAGAUUAUGACACCGCUGACUCAAAGGAGAAUCACUUGUAAACAACUCCGCACAUGCAUUCCUCAGUAUCUACAGAAUGGAUGUGUAUACUUGAACAUAUUUCAGCACAGCAUCAUCGCACUAAACGAUGACCAGUUUCUCAGUGCACUCAUAUGGCGGCUCUUUGGUGCUGUUUGUGUUCCUGAGAAGUGUGACGCUCGAGUUGUGAAUCCCGGAGGAGUUUUUCAAGAGUGAAUGACUGAGGAAAAAUCGUAUGAGAUACAAAAACAUUCAAGUCAUCAUAACGGACAUGGAGCAAUCACAAAAAAUAGAGCCGUAUCAUCAUAUUUAGGUUAGAGACUCCAACAGGAACAAAAUAUUCAUGCACAUUCAUCAAGUUCUAGUAGCAGAAGCUAAUGCCUGUGUGUCAGUCUGUGAUUCCUCCUGCGGCAUGUACGUAUGUGGGGGUCGUAUGUGUUUUGGUAGUCGCCUGUUACUCUAUCCUUUACCCUCGCUUUCUUCUGACCUUCCACCAGCGCUCCUGCUCAUUAUUGUGUUGCUCUAAUCUGGAGGGGACAGGACUGGGUGCAGAAGUGUAUUUAUCUUCCUGCACAAAUAGGACCUCUUUCCGUCUGGUCCCUGCUCAGCUUGUUGUUGAAAGAUAGUGAGCAGCGUAAAGCAAGCUCCAGUAUGUGUGUGUGUGUGUGUGUGUGCAUAUGUGUGUGUCUGUGUGAGUGUGUAUGGGUGAACUGAGAUGUGUCCCAGCUGGCCCACAGACCAGCACACUCACCAUCACCUCACUGCAGCAAAUGCAGACAAAAGAGGAAUAUAUCUCCCUUGUGAUAUUGAUAUCCCUUAACUCCGGGGGUGUUUUUGCCCCUAAAUGAGAAAGCAACAUUCCUCUCAGAGGUCUGUCGUACUUGUUAAAGCCAGCCAGAUCAGUGUUACAGAAAGUCCCCUCAGUGUGAGCCUUGUAGGCCCCAUUUCCGCUUUUUUCCCCUCCAUCACAUCUGUUGGGAUGUGUACUUUUGCUACGCAUUGUCUAGGCAUGUUUCUUUUCAUUCCCUCGCUGUCUCCAUGACAUUAGGCUUGCAAGCAGGCAGUUAUCAUACUGCGAAUGGCUAUGGGCCAGAAAAACGCUGUUGGCAAACCAGCAUUAUAAAACAACACAAAAUGUGGCAUGAAAAUAAUACAAAGCUCGAGUUUUAUCCUGUCAAAACUCUGCAAAGCCAAGGCUCAUGUACAGCCCUGUCUUAGAAAACUGGUGUUUUAGCAUUAUAUUAAUUCUACAUGUUCUUUUUAGCAACAAUUAAUACUCUGUUGGCCUAAACUCAACUACCAGAUUUUAGCUUUGGUGCUGCACCACGGUUAAGCUGCUCAUACAACAGUGGCCUGCCUAUUUGGACUUGCUACAGCUUCAGCUAGUCUUGACCUCCUUCUUUGCACCAGGCCUGUCAGUCCCUGUUGCACUUGGCCAUGGAUUUGCUUCCAGAGAAGGUUACAGAGGGUUUCGUGUGCCCGCGCGGUCAUCUUGUCGCUUCGAGAUGACCCGACUGCAGACCGGGCUUCCUGUCAGCCGUGUCUGGUUCUGCCAGAGCACAGUGUGAGGCUGCUCUCCUGCCCACUUAUCAAGCAUCACUCAAUUUGAAACUGCCUUGAUCUGAGCUUAUGCCGCCAAAGCAUGAUCUAAGCUCACACAUGCGUAGUGGUCUGUUUUCCAGGAAAAGCCCACACUGGUGAAAAACAAACAAAAGAGAUAAGAGAGACCCUUGAUAAGCCCGAGCGUCGGCCAUGAGAGGAAAAAAAAAGAAGCAAGAAAUGCAAAUGAUUUGACCAAGAAGCUGGUUUGACUCUGUGUGAAAACUCCUCACAGUGUCCUCAUUGUGACAUGUUUGUGCUGCUCUAAAAGCACAUUCUGGAGAUAAAGGACAAGUGCAGAGCGCAAGAGGAAUUUGAUUUGAUGUGAAGAAUGCAAAGCAGAGAGCGGAUGCACGCAUGUUUUCAAAGGGGGGUCGCUGCUGAUAAGAGCACAAUCUUCCCCUGUUUUCUCCCAUGCGGAUUUACAUUUCAGCAAUUUGAAGCCAAUUUGAGCAAUGCUUGGAAAUUUCACCUAUAGAUUUAUGUGCUGUGAAGUGUAUCAAGUCAUCGAUGAGUUUAAAGCCACUGUGAGGAGUUUGUAGCUGGUGAUUAAACAGACUAAUAUCAAUAUUGUUACCUUUGUGUGUGACCUGAAGACGCAAACAGGGUCAAGAUUGAAAAUUCUUUAUCAACGCUGCCACAAGACAAGUACGGUGAAGAAAAGUCUUGGCUAAAAUUUUCUAUGAUAUUCAAUUUUAAAUGACAGCAUGAGAUUUUUUUCUUUCUUUUCUUUCUUUAUUUUUUAACAAAACAUACCUCAUAUACAGUAUAUCUAUGGGACAAAAUUAGCAAAGAAAUGAAAGACACUCCAUAUAAUGAACACCAAAAAUUAAAAGCCCAGAGCUCACAUGCUUAUUUUAGAAUGCAGACUUGCUUUUAAGCGAAAAUUUAAUGAAGAGUUUGUUUAUAAGUUCUGAAUCAUCUGUUUAUUUUUUUUCAGACUUUACACUUCCUUUCUGGUAUCUCUUUAAUAUCUUUACAUGAUUUUCAGAUUUUAAAAAAGCCUCAGAAUUCUCACAGUGUUGUAUCAAAAUAUUAUUUCAGCCUCCAUUUAAAAUACUCCGUAUCGGCUGCUGUCUCUUUAAGACCCCCCCUCUACAAGCCCACUUUCUUCUGAUUGGCCACCUCUUUGGAGGCGCUCUGGAAGCCGGCUCCAUGUUUAACCCCAGCCCCUCUUGUGGUUAAUCAGUAGAGCAGUGGACCAGCGUAACCCCUCUCUUAUUUGCUAGAAGCACAGAUGAACUAGUGCGUAAUAACCUAAUCAUUUUAGUAAGUCUCAUGUUUUCUUGGAAGGUCCUUUUCUAAGCAGUUUACAUUUAACUUUUAGGAUUAUGACAAUAUACUUUUACCUCGUGAUUUGAAACUUUGUAACUUGGCUGAUUUUGUUGUAAAUGUGGAAAAGCACAAUACUACCCCUUCAAGUGGGGUGGUAUUAGGGAUGUCGACUCAACGCUAUCACCUAUACUUGUCUGCAAUGAAAUCAAAAGUUGAUUAAUAAAUUGGAUUAAAUAAUAAAUGACUAAAUUAUCAAUAAUUGUGGGCCAGAAAUAGCAGUUAUAAGUUGUGUGGAAGCUGUUGUGCUGCUGUUUUCUGGUUUCUAUUGACUUGUAAUGCUGAAAUGCUUAACAACCCAGAUGUAAACAAGCACAGAUGAUAUGAUAGAUGUCCACAAGUAGAAUGCCUGGUUUGUUGAUAUGUUGUACUAGAAUUAAAGGUAUAGUUGCAUGUAGGCUGUGUCUGGUUAAAUUGGCAUGAAACCACUUUACCAGAGUAGUGUACAACCAUAUAAGGCAUGAGGAAAUUAACCUUUUAAGGAUGGAUGAAGGCUGGUGGAGCUAGCUUUGUACAUCCGCCACUUUGACUAGGACCAGCGGACUCUCUGAACCCUUGUUUUUUUUUUUUUCUGAUAUUUCUCUCCUCCUAUUUUCAGCCCAUUCGGUUAGUCAGAAUUCAAAUUUCUGUUAGUUUCCUCAGAACAUCCUUUGUGGUUAUAAACAUAAAUGUUAAUCACAGUCCCAGUGACGUGCAAUGACAGCACUAAAAUGACCAUAAAAGUUUAGUCAUUUGGUUUUACACCGAAAAACAUUUGCGUAAUGGAAGAAAACACACAACUGUUAUGAUGUGAUUCAGAUGUGAGGUCUUAAAAGUCCUUUUUGGUAAAUAAAGAGCGCUUUUAUACAGAGCGAUGGUUUGUAUUAGAAACACUGAGUCAAAAACAGGUCCGUUUUGAAAAAAUCCCUGACCCAUGUGCUCCUUGUAUUUACAUGUGGAUGCACCUGUGUGUUUGUAUGCGUACGUGUGUGUGCGUGUUUGAGGGGAUCUGUUAGUAUUGAGUGUGACAGUGUAUACUUUGUCGGCCCGUGGACACUUAGAUUGAGUGUGUGUUGUUCUCUCUGGUGAGAGUGCACAUAUGUGUUUGCAUGGAGACCUGGUUCUAUGUGGGUGUGUGUUUGAUAAACUGUGAGAGCAUGUGGGAGACUGUUUGUCUAUUCAUCUGGGUGAGAGGGAGCAGAAUGAGGAGGUGGAAGAGAUCUGCUUCCAGCCUCUAUCUUCAAGUCAAUCUGCUCACAGUCACACAAACCUCUUUAUCUCGCCCCAAGCCGGGAAGGGUGGGAGGGAGGGAGACAGGCAGGGAGAGACAGACAGACAGACAGACAGACAGAUAGACAGACAGAGACAUAAAUAUGUUUAAAAAGAGGAAAAAUACAGAGAGAUUCAAUCAGGCAGACUUAAGAAGAUAGAGCGGAUUUUUGUCUAAGAGGAUCAUCAAAGUCAUGCUCAGACAGCAUCUGUCAUUAGAAAUAUUUGUGCUAUUUCUGUAUCACAGCAUAAGCUAUUAUUAUUGUCCUAUUGAGAGGCUCUUUGUUAUCGCAGAAGAAGAUAUAAGACAGUGGAGAUGAAGCUUGUCAACUUUGAUCCACAGUUUUAUCAGCAAGCAAAAUUAUUUUUGUGUUUGGCACUUUAGGAGAAGCUGAGCCGCAAUUGACAUCCUCUACAGCUCUAUGUCCUCACACACACUCACAAACUCUUACAAACACACUUUGCUGAACACUUUAUCACCUCACCAUGACUGAUGCCAAAAAGAGGCAUCAAUUUUCAGUCAUGAAACGGAAAAAGCACACAAUUGUGUCUUGGUGUGGGUGUGACUGUCUGUCUGUCUGCUUUCAAAAAGGAGCGUGAAGAGCCAAAGAAUCAAACGUAAAAUAAAUCAACCUCGGCUUAAUUGUAGGUCUGACACAAAUAUAUGGCUGUCAUUUGCAGCGCAGCUUUGGCAGACAUCCAGAUAAGGAAGAAGAUCAGGAAGAGUUUGGAAGCGCAGGGAUCACAUCUGGCAACAGGGUUUUGUGUGCUUGUGUGUGAGUGUGUGUGUGUUUUUGAGUGUGUGUGCUGGCCUGCUAUUGCGGUAUCAUGCCCUAUUGGCUGAUGAGUUGCUAUGCCUCAUCUCUUGUACCUCUCACCCUCAGCCAAAUCUGUCAAAAUAAGUCAGUGCGGUUGUUAAGUGUGAGAGACGCCUCUCUCUGUUACAUCAAUUAAGUAUCAGAGACACUGGCUACAUUUAAUCCCAAGUACGACUGCUUUUUAGAGCUUAAAGAUGUUCUUUUACUGUGAUUAUAGCGACAGAUGGAGGCUGGAAAGAAACUGGAGAAAAGUGAACAAACUGGGUGGCUAAAGAGCUAAAAUCUCAUUCUCUCAGCGGCCUUGAGAUUGGAGCAUGCUCAGUGCUGCUGUUUGUUGUCUCUGCCUUUCUGAGAUGCUGCUGCAGUGUUUCCCAGCAGGCUUUGGCACAGGCUUACUCAUGAACAUCUCUCUUCUGGAGCGAUACAGUGGCCAGGCUGCAGCUGCUCUGUGGAUACCUCCUCCUCUGUGUGUGUGUGUGUGUGUGUAUGUGUAUGUGCGUGUUUUGUUUCUUGGUUUGGCUCUGUCUUACUCAGUUGCUCUCCCUUCUUACCUUUUCUUUCAUCCCUGCCUCCCUCUCGCUCUCUCUCUUACUUGCUUGUUCUUCCUCCUAUUGUGUUCCCUCACACAUUACCUCCCACUUUUCUUGCUCGCAUCCUUUCUUGUUUCUCUCCCUCUCUGUCUCUCAUCCUCCUCACUCCGCCCUUCUACAUCUCUCUCUCUUUCUCUCUCUCUCACACACACAUACUCUAGUUGCUACCCUUAAGACUGUGGUUGCCAUGGUGACUGCUAUGUGCUGCGGAAACGUCAAAGAAGCUGAAUCCACCCAGGAUCACUUCCUUGUUUAACACCAAGAUUCUUUCUCGCCAUGUUCCUUUGAUUUCUUCCAAAUAUGUCACAACCAUGCUUAAUUUGAUUCCAUCUGUUCAAUUUUCGAGUAGUAAAAGAAGCUGCGAUGGUAAUUUCUGGCCUCUUUCGGGACCCUGAUCUCAGCUGUUGCUGAGCAGAGUCAUUAGUAACACUGAGAUUUGGAAUCGAGGUUGACCUUGGCACAGCUGACCUUGAGAAACAGCCCCGUCCCCAGGCAUCCAGAUGUCACAGACACUAAUCUGUGUCGUGUCUCCCUUUAAGGAUGCUUCGUCAGCCCUCAUAGUGUCAGUGAAGUCUUUUAGUGUCUUAUUAUAUCCUAUUCCCCCCCCUCUGUAAUUCAUAGAGAGUGCCACUUGCAUACACGCUUACAGUAAACACAAAAGGGCAGCAGCGAGGCAGCAUCAAGCAGGUUAUAUCCAGGCUCACAAAUGUGUGUUUUACGCAGUCUCCUUGGUCUGUACCUACAACAGAUCCAAGCAGGUUUUUAUUUGAGUUAGCGGGCAGCCUGCCUGAGUUGCUCCAACACCUCGGUGCACGGUCAGCUGAGGGAGCAGAUGCCCUGUUAAAAGGUGAAUAUCAGCAGGUGGGGCUGCUCUCUGUCUUGCCGUGAAGAGGACAUUUUUACUUUUCAAAACUCUCUCUUGUGUCUCUUUUCUUUAGUUCUUUUCAAAGUUAAUCAUGUUGUUUUGUACAGCGUUGUGUGGUAUCAUAGAUCUGGUGGAUCAAAUCAAGUGUGUUCAUAAGUAUUACACUCCUGCAUGGUGGUGUUUUGUAUUGUACAACCAUAUUAUAUGUAUCAGCAUAGCUCAGUGGUUCUCAAGUCCAGUCCUCGAGGCCCACUGUCCUGCAUGUUUUGGAUGUUUCCCUGCUCCAACACACCUGAUUCAAAUGAUCAGCUCGUUAUAAAGCCAUGACAGCUUGAUAACGAGCUGAUCAUUUGAAUCAGGUGUGUUGGAGCAGGGAAACAUCCAAAACAUGCAGGAUGGGGGGGCUCGAGGACUGGACUUAGCCGAACCACUGGCAUAGCCUAACAGUGUUUUUUUUUUUUUUUUGUCUUUUUUUCUUGCUUUACUUUUUUCUUCUCACUCUUCAUUAAUCUUCCUUCGUUCCUAUUUCUCUAACAUGUCGUGUCUUUCCCACCACGGCCCUCCACUCACCUCUGAGAGUGUUACAAACUGCUUGAUACCCUACUUUAAGCCCCCCACUCCAAUGCAUGCACUUUGUUGGCAAAAAAGCCGACAGAUGUAAACAACAUAACCUAAUGGCUGUUUAAAGCCAUUAUGUCCAAAAAGAUAAACUCUGCUGCCUGUGAAAGGGCAGGAGAGCUGUUGAGCGGUAUCACAGUGAUGAUGUGCAGGUAUGCUGCUGCUCAGCUCCAUCAUGCAGCAGGGCUGUCUCCCCUUUUCUGGGGGCAGUGAGGAGGGAUUAGGAGGCAGGCAGAGAUGGGGCCUGUGGAGCAUUUAUGAGCAGGGGCACACAAAGGAUCCAUGUCAAAACUUCUAGGGGUUUGCACAACCUUUUUUUUUUUUUUUUGCUUUCUUUCUCUUUUUUUUUUUUUUUGGACAUGUUCUUCAAGUCAUGCUCCUCCCACACUGGCCCACUGUGCCCCCUCCACCUCCAGACCCUGAUCCAAGGACAGCCCACGGCUGUUGAAAAACAGCAGAUGCUUUGGAGAGGCCUGGAAAAAAAAAAAAAAGAGAGAGAGAGAGAUUUAGAUGCACAUGUCCAAGGCCAUAUUUGUGUCUGGGUGUGAAAAAUUAAGUUUAUUUCACAAUCUCGUUGUUUUCCCAAGCUCAUAAAAAACUUGUUUAAAGCUCAUCACACAAAGUUAUGGGCAAAAAAAAUCUAACCUAAUUUUCUCACACCCUGAUUCCUUCUUUCUUUGGUAGCCAUGUUUUAUGUAACUCUGCCUAGAGGGACACACUCGUGGUACGUAACAUUUUCGCUUGCAGACUGCACUCAUUAGUUCAGCUGCAACUCUGCAAGUUUGUAAAAAAGUUUUAGACUAAAAAUAUGAAUUGACGCACACUAACUAAAAGACUGACGGGCACCCAGUGCUCUUACUGUUUGUGAUAUCAGCUCAUUCAUUCAGGCCAUACUGGAAGAUAAUUGUGCGAUGUUUAAGGAUAGACUAAGGAAUGGUAUGAAACCCUCAGACAACUAAAUCCUGCACUUUAUCUGCUCCACAUUAUCCCGAAAGUCACUUCUCUUUUGUCCUGACGUCACAAAUCUUCACUUUUCUGACACGUACAUAAACCGCACGCCCACCCACGGACACACAGGCCUGGGAACGAGUUUCGUCUUGUUGACGAGUAAGAGGAGGAAGUGAGUGUUGAGGUUGUGGGGAGAUAGGGGGCAGCUCUCUGACACAACAUAGCCUCUGCCAGUCUUCAGUUACCUCCGCUGACAGAUUAGAUCAUCGAGAACAACCGCGGGGAGGAGAGAGGAGUAGGAAAAGCACUACAUUAGACCUGAUUGGUGUGUCAAACCUUGGCCUCAGUUUGACCUCCUUGCCCACAGAUGAGGCUUAUGCUAUUGAGUGCGCUGACCUGUUAAGACAUGACCCCUCUGCUGCCCCCUUUCCUCUCCAGUCCCUGCUGCUGCUGCUGCCGCUGCUGCCUCCUCCCAAAGAAACGUCAAGAGAGUCCUCUGAGGGCUGGACUGAGACAAACCCCGGGAGGGCCCCAUAGAUGACUCAUCUACAGUUUUUUUUUUUAACGCAACAGUUUCAUUGAGAGUCACUCUUGUGUUGUGUUGUGUUGUGUUGUGUUAACCCUUUUUUUUUUUUUAGUUUGUAUCCACUUAACAGGACAGUGGAGUUCAGGCAGCAUGAAAUUAAAAAAAAAAAAACUUACUUUGAUAUAGCAGCUUAAGAUAAUUCUGGGAUCGUGGAGUCACAGUUUGGGAAAUGUCAAAUGAAGAUAAACCGAUUAGUCGGUAUGUUGCUUUUGUUGGAGUUGCGUUCGCUUUCACACAAACAUGAGAAAAAAGCACGUUGUCGCGAUAAAGUCGGGAGUGUUUUAAGACUUUAAAGAAAAUCCUGUAGUGAGAUUUUUUGCUCUGAGACCUUCAGGGCCUCUUACGUGCCUUAAACUGGCCUCAAAUUCAGUCCUGCCCUAACUGAGUGUCUCCCUUUGCCCUAUUUUCCAAUUCUUUUGUAACUAAGUCAUAAUGCAAAUGUAUGAUGCAUACUCAACUUUUAGAUCAAUGUACGAGGUUUACCUUAUUUGCACAAGGAUAUAGGGUUGGGUAUCAUGUGCACAAAGCAGUGGUUUUAAGAGAUAAUGGUUGUAAAUCCUUAUUGCUACGUGGACAUUGAUGACACCUGGCUAACCAACAACAGUUGAAAAAAAAAAGACAGAGGUACAACUGAGGACGUGCUGAAACUCGUCCGCAGGGCCGAGCUGACUGACAGACGGGAGAGGUGAGGAAGGGGAGCAGCUAAGGAAGUCAGCGAGCAAUGAUUUCGUGUAAUUCUUCUAGAAGCAGCCUGUCACAGAUUGUGAUCUGACAUUCUGCACCUCACACGUCGCUCUCUUGCACAUACAUCCCCAGAAAAUCUGCGCUCACAAAAAUCUGAACCAGAUGCGGAGCAUUUGGGGACCCAACCUGGCAAGGGCAGGUCUCUGAAUUAUUUGGGUGGGGUCAGCAAUGCAGAGGGGAUGACUUAAGUGGUCUCUUUCCACUUUUGCACGGGUCAUUACAAAGGAGAAGAUGCUCCCGAGGUAGUAUAAACUGAGUUUUGGCUUUAAAGUGACAGCAUGGAGCACGAACGGGCCAACUUAAGUUUUUUGGGUGGAUUCGGGUUCUCUCCUCCCUCAGUUGUGACUGCAGGGCCUGGAAGAGUCGGUGCUUAUCUGAUAGAUCCAGUAAGGGAACAGUUGAUUAGCUUAAAGCAAUGGGAAAUGCCUUCCCUACACCCUCCCUCUCUCCCUCCCUCUUUCUUCCCUCCCUCCUUUCUGUAUUCUCUCACUUUUCCCCUCUUAACUCUGUGAGCAGUGCCUCUCUCUACCUUUCUCUCCCUAUUUUUCACCCUGCUCCCUCCCUCCCUCCCUCUCCCUCUCCCUCUCCCUCUCCCUCUCUUUCCUUCUCUCUGCCCUGCUGUGAGUAGGUGGUUCCUUGCUGUACUUGAUUGGUGUGAGUCUAUAUAGGAGGAGAGACGCUCUAACAGGCUCAGAGUCUGGUGGUGCCCACUUGCCACACGUUCCCACAAGGACUACCUGUGUUUUUUUUUUUCUCGUGUGUGUUCUUCCGGGAGGAUUACUUUUUUCUGACAAUAUGACGGAAACCAAGAAGAAAGAUAGGAGAGGGAGAAAGAAGGGGGGUAGGAAAGCACAAAAGGAGAAAGAGAGCGAUCCCACCAAAGGUAAAAGGAAAUCAAAGGUGUUUUCUGUGUUACAUGUUGUGUUGAUACUUUCAUAACUCUGUGUGAGUUUAGAAAAAGGAAAGACUUCAGUAGAACAACUAAGUUUUUGUUACUGUAUCAUGGAAGUGUGGGGUAAACUAAGUAUCCCCUUGGCUUGUCAAAGCUUGCUGCUGGCUUGUCACAUGGAUUGGUCUCCCUGCGUGGACAGCGUGUAGAGGCACAUCUGGUUUGGCAGCACUUCAGAGUUGUAGCAAAGUUAGAUGAUAAGACUAGUGUCCCAAAUCCAGCAAAACUUAGGAAUUAGCCAAACAAACUCUUGACCUCAAAGAAACAAAGUACAGUAUUCGAAGAUCUCCCUUUAAACCAAUGACUGGAAUGACUUUUAAAGUUUGUAUAAAUUGACAGCAUGGUCAUGGCUUCAAAAUGUUAUGCUACUUAAAGCUGAUUUUAAACAACUGUCUCCUGUUUUUUAACACUUCAUUCUCAAAAGUCAUGUUGCUGUGGUCGUGUCGGUGUUUCGCUGAGCAUCUCUUUCAACGGGGUUAAUAACACAGCUUUUAUCUUUUUUUUUCUGAGUCUGUGGUGAGUCAUGGAACAUAAAAUCUGUCUGAUUUUUCCCCCCUCAGAGCUCUUUGAAAUCAUAAUAGUAAUGAGAGCUGCCUGUAUUUCAGAGUCACAGACGCAGCAAUGUGCUUGCUCAGUGGUGGAUUGUACAAGUUGCAGCAUGUCACUGUAGUUUGACCUCAGGUCAUGGGGAAACCCAGCCCCCGUUUCAGGACAACACCAUGAUUAUUGCCUUUGCUACUCUGUGUCAUUCUAGGUUUGGUUAGAUACUGUAUCUUAGAAAGCAUCUGCUGAUGCUGGUAGCCAUUUUGUACCUGCUGAUGUCACCGCUGUCAGCCUCCAACAGAUAACCCCUCAGAGUGGCCUUAGCACUUUUAGAGAUUUCUUUAUGCAGGAGGUUUUUUUGAGGUCUGUGCUGGCUUUAAAUGUAACCAAAAGUGUAACCAAGGGGUUUCCUUUUUGCAAAGGUGGUUAUGUUAAGGUUUUAUUACUUAAAUUGAAUAAAAAUGUAAUAAUGCGUCCUCAUUCCUAGUUUGACUGACCUGUUAACAUGUAUGAUAGGGAGGUGGACACCAUUGUACACUGGAUAAAGAGUUGUUUGAAAAGCCACCUUUUCUGCUAAAUUUCCACUGCUAACACAAAAUGACGUCAGCUGUUUUAAGAUGAAUUUGAUACGCUCGUUGAUACCUGAGACAUGUUAGCUCUCAUUUUUAAUCUAUUCUCAGCAUAUCGACCUCUGGCCUUUAAUCAUAAAUUUACCUUUUAAACUGAGAUCUGCCAAGAUUUUUUUUCUCACAACUUGGAAAAUGUGUGAAAAUAUGUGCUAACUCAUUAUAUGAUGGCACUCUCAAAGUAUAGAUGAAAAUGAGGACAUACUCGGGGGUUAUGUCUCUGCUAGUAGGUCAGAUUCACUGGAUCAAAUGUGUAACCUUUUCCUCAUUAACUGGCGGAUCCAGCCCUUAAAAACUGUGUUGUCAGGUUGUAAUUACCAGCAGUUGACAGUAACUCGAUGAUGAUGACGUGUUACAUUCGAAAGAAGUGAGAAUCAAAUGGCAAGAAGAAGCAAAUCAGGUCACAGGUCAGAACAACAAGAAGUAAAAUUUGUUUUCGAUAAAUGUGAAGAAAUACAUACAACCCAACAUGCUUCAAUGGUGUACUAGCUAAACUAUAUAAUUUGGCAAAAUGCUGUAAAUGUUUAGUGCCUUCUUAACUAGAAAUUAGCUAAUUUUAUUCACAAGUGGAUUGUGUAUAUCAGCUGAAAAAUGUAUUAUUAUUACAUUUUUCCUGCUUGUUGAUCAAACUGCUUGCAGACGAUUAGCUGUUGAGCUUUAAAGCUCCUGUAAGGAACUUUUGGUUUGUGUCACUUUUGGCGCCCCCUGUGGCCAAAGCAGUCUUUGCUUAGUUUGUCCGUUAUAUGCUUAAUUCGGACAUAUAAUCUCAUCAUGCUGACUUUCGACUGUCAAAUGUAACAUAUAUUUUGAGAAUAUGUGAAAAAUUCAAACAGAGCUUCAAGUUUUUCACAUGAAAUACAGGGCUGUUUCAUGACUGGCAAUUACCCUCCCACACAAGUUUCAGGCAUUCAAGAUUACAACAUAAAACCAUCAAUCUUGUCACUGAUGGUCUUGUUUGUUCUUGUAUAUCAUGACGUCAAAAUAAAUUUCAGGCUGUUUAUUAAAAGUUAAAAAAAACUCCUCAUUGUAGCUUUAAGUUAGCAUUUUGAAGUUCAAAACUUUAUCCAAGAGGAGAGAAAAACUCACUCAGAGUGUAGGAUGUGUGCUUGUUGUGGCUCUUAAGUAAAAACUACUGCUAUUUACAUCUUAGCUCACUCAAGCACUGCCCUUAAUAAAUUAGCUUGUGUUGCUAUGCCAGGCGGCUUAACUUAUCAAUAACUGUGAUCUGUUGGAGAGGAUUUGUCUUGGGUUGUUUAUAUGUAUUUGAAUUAAGACAGUCUUUCAGAUUUAGGGUUUAAGUGUUGCAUUCAGAGAUUCUGCUCCAAUGAUGCAGUGUUCGCCGUGAACUUGAUUCAGUGUAGCAUGUUUGUGGUGAUACUAGCCGUAGCACUGAAUCGUGUUAGUCCAACAAAUUAUGUAAAGAGCUGACUUAGUCUGUUGUGUUUUCUUCCAAAUCUUCCACUUUUAGGUCACGCUUUGAGGAAAACAUUUCUGUGGUUUUGGCUGGGCAGGAGCUCAUACAUCAUGUUCUUAGUCUACGAGCAUAUCUGUCAUUGAGUUGUUUUGAGCGUUUCUCCUCUCAUUUAUUAUAUCAUGUCUUCAACGGAAGAGUCUACUGCAAUGUGGAUAUGUGUGUGCACGUAUGCAUGUGUGUGAACAGGUGCUUGUGUGGAUGAGGUGUGACAAACUAUAAUUGUAUGUAAUCUAGCCCAUGAGCGUUGAGUUGAGGUUGUUAGACUGUCAGUCAAACAUCAGCCCCUUCAUAGGAACAAGACAGUACUGUCUGGUGUACCUUUUUUUUCUCUGGGAACUUACUCUUCAACUUUUAUUUGAGGUGAUUACCCCACAGCGGGUAUUUCUCAGCUGCAGUUGUGCUCUCACUGGCUAUGACAUCUCAUAAAUUUGGCCAGAAAGUGUUGAUUUAUGGAAUCCUAUUGCAAAGAUUAUUUCCUCUACUUAAGUCCCCAUGUAUUGCAGCUGAAAGUUGAUACUUUGUUAGAUUGUUGCAUGGCUUUUUGACAAGUCAAAUCAGAGGCUGGAAAGGACAAAAAUUCUGCAGAGCCAACAAGGAUAUGCAAAGCAUGCACUAUCUAUAGCGUCCUUGCCAAAAUGCUGGUCUUCACUGGAAAGCAAAGAUACUAGAGGAGAAAGUUUCAAACCAUGAAACUUUGUUUUCUUUCUUAAGAGUAACACUACGAGCGCAAAGUGCUGUGGGCAUUUCAUGAGAUCUGUUGUCACUACUAUGCAAAGUGAGUGUCUCUGGGUUCAAGCAAGAGUUAGAAUUUCCUGUGCAGUCAGGUUGACCUAAAUAAAUAUGUUUUUCCCGCAUGGUGAUGACAUUAUCAUUCAUAAACUUCAACCACCCAUCUCGUCAUGUGUCAAGUCAAAACACAACAAGUUCUUCUCAGUGUGUCUGGCUUUGCGUGCGCAGAAAGUGUGGUAAUCUUAAGCUUCGGAAGUGAAUCUCUAACUCCUACAUUUUGUGCCAGAUGCUUUUUUAUCAUGUACCAACACCUACCCCACCUGUAUAAUUGAAACAGAGCUGCUUAAGUUACUCAGCAGCAAAAUAGAGACUAUUAAUCGUAGGAGGAGGAGGGGUGGCGGUGGAGCCUCAGACAACCUCAGCUUUCCAUUCAGGUGUGAUCUUGCUUUAUAUAAUUACUCUUACAAAAUUAUCUUUUAGUCAUUUGGUUCAAACAUGUGAGGAGAGGAUAACAAAGCAGAAAGUGCACUUGACUUUAGCUUCCAGAGCCACAGCAGCCAUAGUUCAUGCACAGAGAAAACCAUAUGUUACUGUCAGUGAUAGUCUCUAAACUAGGCUACUCUAAACCGCAGAAGGUUAGCAAACAGAUGUGUUUUCUCAAAGCAAAUGUCACUAGACAAAUGAUGACGAAUUGAAGUGAUGUAACUUGAGACUUCUGGUUAACCAAAACUCUUCCCUUGAAUGUUGUAAAUACCUGUGACGCACUUAAGAAACAGAGUUUUUUUGUUUCGUUUUUACCAGAGAGACAAAAGAAAUAACAAUCUCUUCACAGCUCUUGAUUUGUCACUUUCUAGCUAUCUCACAAAUGCCUGUUGAACCAUGUGAACAGCCAUCUCUAACAGUGAUUUAUACUCACAAAUAUCAUAGCCUUGGUUAGCUGGAGGGCUGAUAUAGGUUUAGCUGUUUGAGUAUUAUACUUUUAGUAGAUAAAAUAACAUAUACAUCUGAGUCCAGUCCUGUGCAAUACAGGAUCCAAUGUUUCCUUGGCUUGCAGAGUUCAUUUUUUCUCUAGUCUAUAUUGAACAUUUUCUUUAUGUCCACCUGAAGUGUUAUAUAGGAGAUUUAGAGGAGGUCAGAGAGAUCCAACCAUUAUGAAAAACAGACUGCUGCGGACUACAUCGAGCUGUACAGUCUACUGCAGUGCUCAGUGGAAGUAACUCCGUCCAGUGCUCUCUCUCAUUAAUGGAAGUCAUUUUAUUGAUCCUUAAUUAAAAAUUACAGAGAGCUUAGCAGCAACUAGCUGUUUAACUUGUGUAACUUUUAGGAUUAAAUUGUCAUGUGUUCAUCGUGUAGCUGCAGCUGAGAGGAGAAUUACAAGGAAAAACUCAUUCUCAUGCAGAAUUUGCAUGCAGCUUUUGUGGCACAGUUGGACAUUCAUGAAAAACUUUCAUCACACAAAAGUCAGUUGUUAGCUGUGAAACUAGGACAUUGAGGGAAGUAGUUUGAAUUUAUAUUUGCAUAAAAGAAUUCAAAGACACCCCAUUUUGUGACAUAAUAAUGUAUAACUAACUAGUCAGGCUAACUGCACUACAAUUAUUAUUGAAAAAGAAAAAGGAAACAGUCUGUUCAAUAGAUGAUUGACUCAAUAGAUGAUUUUCCACCAUAUGUGAAACGUUUGGCUAAUUUUCUGCUUCAGAAUCCACACUAACAUAACACUAAACAGUGUGAGGUUAGAUAAUACACAUAAAAAGUACAGUUAAUCUGGAGAAAUCGUCACAUUUUCAAAGGCUAACCACUGACUUUAGUUCCAGCCUGGGUGUCCUGAGUGAGAGUCAAGCUUUUUUGGUCGUUUUAGCCCAGACCUUUACCUGUUUUUAUGGUUCUCUUCUGUGUCAAAGAGAGCUGGGCAUGUAACACUGCCAUGUAAGGGUAUGUGGGAGGAAGCCAAAAGACUAAUAAGUUUCAUGCAGAUAUUAAAAUGUGCUUGUGUCUAUAAAAGAAGCGGAGGACGGUGUGGAAGUGUUUGUAUGAUACUAUUUGGAAAUGAUACUUCAUAGCAUGAAGAGAAAACUCUUAAGCCAAUUGGACUCAAUUUUAGAGGUUUUAGUCCAAAAAUACCAUAUGUUGGUUGUAGAGCUGUCUGUGAGCGAAGAUGUUCAUCUCAAAUCACAGAUACUUGUUAUGCAUUGGUUUUACCUACCAGCUAUAUAACUGAAAUACUAUCUACACUUUUGUACACUUUUUGUAGUUGAUCAUGUGCUGUGUGUCAGACAAGUAAGAAGCCCAGUUAUCCAUUCAAGAUGCUUCUGUUCAUCAUUUAUAGCUCAUUAGUUGGAUAAUUUCACGUUACAGUCAGCUCAUGUCAACAUUUUUUUUUAAUCAAGUUUGCAGCAUUGGAUUUUAUGUGAUAUGUUGUGUCCUGCAGCCGCUUGCAGCUAGUCCCUCCUUUCCAUAAUGCUAGAGUGUUUGACUACUUGUAUGUAAAUGUGCACAAAUGACAAAGUGGUAUCUUGUAGGACAGUGUGGACUGUUUUUUUUUUUUUUUUUUUAGCUUUGAAGGGGUCAGUUAGUGGUUGGUUAUCAAAUUGAACUUCACAUAGUCAGACUAAAAUACCUAGAUAACGCAGAUGGGGAUCAAUUUUCUUUCCCACAAUGGCGGCUCAGUCAGACUGAAACUGGCCCAAGCAUAUUCUGCUUGCUCCAGUCUUCAAACGCCAGACGUUGAGCUUGAAGUUGAAUAACAUGGAUGCUUUGCUAGGAAGCUAGGUAGCAAACAGAACCUCGACAGAAGAUAAAAAGACGUAAAAAGGUAGAAACUUUCCUGUAAAAGUUAGUGUUUUUAUUGUUCGACUUACAUCCGUUUAGCCUGUCCGUUUUUCCAACUGUUUCAACAUUAACCUAGAGACGAUGCACUGUGGUAGCAUGCAGCCACUUACCGUAGCAGAGGUAGACGCAUUUCUGCCAACAAUUGGAUUCAUGCCCAGUACUUGUAAACUUGGACAUAGUUAGCAGUCAAGUUAAAUCCCCCACUUGAUCCACACAUGUAUCUCUAACUGUACUGAGUCCAUGUACGAACAGCAGAUCAAGUCAUUUCAGGGCAUGAUGCUUGCCAUUAAGGCUAACUCCACUGUGUGCAAACAAAGACAGUUGGUCUGGUCUCUUUUGGUCCAGAUGUUUUUUGGCUUUUUCCAUUGAGUUUGAGGAUGUGGCUGAUGUUGUUGACAGCCAUUUGUCUUUGGGGACUCAAGCUAUUAGGAAUCAACGUUUACCUCAAUGUUUGUCGAACUUUCUCUGCCAAAACAGAAAGUUUAGUCUUUGUCUUGUGCAAGUCCCAAAAGAAGGCUUUGUGUCUGCUAUGAGGUCUUCAUGUGUGCAAUUUGACCACUACAUUUGCAUGACAUUUAAAUCUUGUCCCACUUGUGGAUCAUCUUACUGGGUGCUAAGUAAAUGUCGACCAGAUUAAAAAAAAAGGUGGUUGGAGUGCUUGAAUUCUUAAUUUCAUGUGAAACCAUGUGUAUCAGUUUGAAAUACUAUCAGAGGCCUCAGUUUGGUGGAGGUAAAUGAAGCAUUUGGCCUCAUAUAUAAACAAUGUAGCAGAUAAUUGUUGGGUGAAAGUGUUUUGGUUGUGGUGGGAGGUUGUUGAAAUGAUCUCUUUGAACAGAUGUUCCGUUACAGUGACUAGUGUGCAGACCAUUCCCACAUGCAGAACCCAUUUCUCUGGCUGUCUCACCAUGUAAUUUGUCUUUUGACAACGUGCAGCGAAGUGACAUAACACCAGAGUAAUCAGGGAUACUUUGUCUAGAAGGGGAAACACAAAGGCAUGCCUCAGAUUCCUUUUCUAAGCUCCUGGAAGUAAAACAGAAAAUGUUAACUCAAUAAUAGGAGCCAAAGCAUUGUUAAUUCAUCAGGACUUUGUUUUUGAACCUCUCUCCGGACCAAGGUUUCCAACUGUUACCCAAGGCAUGAGCUGUUGACACGCCAGUUAGGCUUCUAUUCUCAAAUUUGGUUUUUAUAGUCCAUGUCUGCAGCUGCCCCUCGGCUUCAAACACAGAGAAUCAGGCUGUUGUUGGGGUGAGGGUUUAUCUUUGCUGCUGGGCACUUUCCACCGCUGGAACGGAAAAUGAGAUAACCAUUUGUUAUUUGAGUCUUAACGUUCAUGUUUGAAAACACUGAUUACAAUAGGUAAUAAAAGGAUUUGCCAAAGUUUGUUCUUUUAGGACUUUUCAUGGACAACAGAAACAUGUAUGAUAUGCAUUUGUUUUGUAUCAUGCAGUUAAUGAGUUGAACUCUCAUUACUAAAUACAGACCUGGAGGACUAAUCCCCGUGCAUCAUAAUGUUUAACAUCUGUAUCUGGUUGCUUGAGUGUCUGAUGGACUAUGUCUUCAUUAGAACUGCAUCCUUUCCACAGAGCAGAUCCCCUCGUACAUCUGGAUCCUUGAGCUGAUGAGAAGUGCAGUUGUGUGUUUUCUGCAACUUUUCCAGGCAAGGGCAAAGUUUGUUUAAUUUGCUUGGCAAGGACGGACCUGUGUCCAGACGAAGUACGAAGCGUUUUUCUAUAUGUUGCAACCCCAUUUCUGCAGUUCUCUGAUUGUGACUGACAGGCUUUUCCUCAGGCUGUGUACAGGACUGAUGUUGCAGUACAGAGUUUGUUUGAAAAUCAUGCACAUAUGCAGAAGUAAGGCUCUUGUUAGUCAUGUAAGUCAUUAGAUACAGCAGUAUACAAACAUUUUGUCCGUUUCUUGCCAGUUCAGAUUUGGAAAUUCAGAUCAGUUUGUGGAAAUAUCUGACGGAGAAACUCAUCAAACAUGUGGCAUGUUAUUCUAUCAAUCAAAGUGCCAUGAAGUUAAAAAAAAACAGCACAAGACAUACACUGUUGUUAAUUUCCCAUUAGCCAGUGUAAUUUGAAAAUUAGGCAGAUCAGUCAACCAUGAGGGAUUGUGCAGUCUAAUCUUUAUUUAACAUCAAGUCCUAUAUAGUCCAUUACAUUUGCUGAAUAACAGAAAAAAGUUUAAUGAAGAACAUCUGGAGUAUCACGUCUCGCUCGCGUGUUCCGUGUGUGGCCUUGCCCGAGGCUAUCGAUAGACUCACACUAUUUGCAGAGAAGAUUUUCAAUGCCGAUAAACUGUACAUGUUCAGCUUAUAUGCUUAUAUAAUGUUAUGACUUUCAGAGCGAGAGAGAAAAAAAAUCUUGCUGCAUAAAUGAAGCUGUUAUUGUCCUGAACCAUUUUGGGGCAGUAAAAUCUUGAACUAACUGCCUGAGCGAUUGCAGCACAAAAAAAAAAAAAGACCUUCGUGAGAAAAAGCUCAUUAGGGUUACUGAGCAUCACGGCACACAAAGGCACAUCUGCCUCGUGUUUGGAUCUUUGUCUUUACUUUCCAAUGCCAUGAAUAUCAUCACUCACUUUUUCCAACAGGAAGCCGCUCGCAGAUAAAAGCCCACUGUCUUUCCAGCAACGGAAUAAUUUUAGAAACAAACAGCUGCUUUUUGAACCAAGAAUAGUUGCGCUUCUCCAUUGAUCUGUGCUGUUUGUCAGCUAUUUUAAAUUUGACAUUUUACUGUUUGUGAUUCCAGCUCAAAGUCAGACUGACAACUCUCUUUUAAUAGCUGUCAGAUACAGUGCCACGGAAUAAUCCUUCCUGCUUGCAAUGUGAAGUGUCUUUGUGCUUGAAAGUCUCAUUGGUGACCCUGAAGUUGGACAAAUUUAUGCUGCUCAAGUCAUACAUUUUAAGACAUGAAUAAUGACAGUGUAACAUACUGUGAGUAGUUUGAAACAGACUUCAUUUGAUACUAAUACAUCUGUAUAGCUUUCAAAAUCAGAUUCACUACAAAAAAAGGACAGACUGUUUCUUUAAAUUAAGGGAUUUAAUCAACUCCAACAAAAGGUCUUAGUUUACAUUUUACCCAUAAAGAUUUAUGGUGAGUGGUUAGUGAGAGAUUUAAAGGGGAAGAUGAUAACUAAAUAUUUUUAUUGAAUGAGUGAUGGAAGAAAAUAUCUCUAUGAUUGUCAUUAACAGCACCUGAGAUGCUUUUUGACAUCUUAUACAAAGAGAUCAACAGCUUGAGCUGUGCCCUUAAACCUCUGACUCCGAUCAGGAGAAUUAGCAGCCAGUGACCAGAGUUGGUAUAACAUAUAGAAAGGUACUCUAUGUUUUCUAUGUAAGGGAAGACAUGCAGCAAAAGGUCAGGGCCAGGGGCUGAACCAGUGAACCCUGUAAUGAGGACUCUAGCAUCAGUUCACUGGGUGUGUGCUUGAACCAUGAAGCCUUACCAGCAUCCCCAGGAGAUUAGCUAUGCUUUGUCUCAACAAUGAUCGUAUCAUCAUGGUAGCUAUUUAAUUACAGCUUACUCAAGUGUUUUUUAACAUUGUUUGAUAUUGUAAAUGCACAUCGCAUCAUCAUCUGCAAAUUGAGAGAGUCUGGCGCUCUUCAAAUGAAGACUCUUUAAAUGUUUCCCCAAAUCCAUCAAACUCUUGCCCGUAAACCAACAAAGACAAUAAAAAGUGCUGCAUCACUAAGGUUUUUUUUUUUUUCUCCUUGUGCAGACAUGUUGUCUUUAGCAGGUCAGUGAAGUAGGACAGUCUCUCCAAAAAGAGGUCGACAGGGGGAUAAAUUUGGUGCACCUCCAUUUUAACGUUUAAUUGAAGUCAUUAUGUGCACUUCACUGUGCUUGUCAUGCUUUGUUUGUCUUUAUCCUGCCGUCAUCCUUUCGAGGUGAUGCGUCCCAAACAGCUGUAAUUUGUACCACUGCUCAGUUUAGAGUUUGCGUGAAAUUGUGAAUGUUACUCAUAGGGAGAAAGAGAGAGAGAGAGAGUGAAAGAGAGUGAGGGGGGCAUCUUGGACAGCCCCUGGUUAACCCUCAUUCACCCCUCUCUCUCUUUCCCUCUGGCCUGGAUGAGUCUUCUCCUAAACAUGUGUGCAGCUGUCAGCUGGCAAGUGUGUUUGUGAGUGUGUGCUGUGUGUGCGCGAGUAUGUGCAGUUCAACAACGAUCAUUUUUCAUAUUGUAAUAAGUUUUUUGGGGGGAAGAGGGACAAAAUGUUUUAUAUAACAGUAGAAUAAACAAACACAAUUACACUUUGUCCCUCAGUCUUACAAAGAAAAGAAAAAUACUGAGGAUGUAAAAGGUGAUGACAGGUUUGCACUUCUGAAAAGUACUGCAGCAGAUUAAACUACGAUGUUUAAAACGAGUAAUUUUUCAUCUCAAAAUAUUUGUGGUGUUUUUGUUUACCGGCUGCCUUUAAUUGCAAGGUUGUGGUUACAGAUUCUCCUCAUGAGUUGUGGGAUGUUUGCUGAAUAUCGCUUCAGGUGUUUUUAUAGCUGCAGAACCAGAGUGGUUUUCAGCCUGUUUAGUAGUCAAACCCGGAGUUAAUAAUGUCUCUGGUGACAACAUCUGGUGGUCACAUGAGAGAGCUGUUAGUGUAGUCUGUAGAGAUGAUGAUGAUGAUUGACUCCUCUGCUUUCUCUCCAGCUUUCUUUGUCUCGCUUUGUCCCAAUACAACCUCACACACUCACAAACAAACUGUGCAAACCAGGUGACAAUUACAUUUCCUGUCUGAAGGGGUUAAUAACACCGAGUUUUUCUUCUUCUCCUUCUCUUUUCAGUUGCGGCUCCAAAGUUAAAACCGAUGAAGAAUCCAAUAAUAGUGGACGAAGGGAGCAAGCUCAUAGUGAAGUGCGAGGCCACAGGGAACCCCACCUACACGUGGUUCAAAGAUGGCAACGAGCUGAAGAAAAGCAAAAAAGUCAAAAUAAGAAACAGCCAGUGAGUAUAAGUCACCCACGUCCUGUAAACCUGAAGCAUGAGAAGUGUAAGAUGAAAAGAGAGUGAGGCACUCUAAAGUCAAUCCAAGGUGGUGAUAAUCAGCAGACUGUGCUGCUGCGGCUUUUCAGGAAAGUGCAGUUUAGAAAAAUCACUAUCAAAAAUCUGACGUCAAAUAAAAUCACUCAUUUUAUUUCUCAGAUUAUGAUUUAUUCCUAUUCUGAAAUUUAUUGUUUGGACUUCUGUUAGGUAAAAUACAUUCAUCCUCUGCCCUAAUGCUUACAGUUACAUUUAGAGGCAGUAAAUCUCAUACACUGAAGUUUUGGCUCUUCUUAGCUAGUUUAACCGGACAUCAAUGCUUCUGGUUUUGAGUUAUAGCUCAGUUUACGCCACUGUUGCUCUUAACUUAAGUGUAUUAAAAACAGAAUACAUAGUUUAACUCCAUUCUUCAAACUUGUACUUUAUCUUUCCAUUUAAACUUCAAUCUAUCUGCUUAGUUGUUCUUGUUCAUUAGACUUUACGCUGUGAAAAAAGACCCCACACAUGCAGUAUAAUAGUGGAUAUUAAUGAUAUUUAUGUUCUAAAAGUAAUAAGUGAACCUGUUUGAACUCUAUUAGUUACAUUGGCUAAUAUGACAGAAUUAAAGCAACUGACCUAAGAGAGGAUUUAAUCAAUGUUGGUUGUUGGGUAAUUUGAGGAGAAAAGUAGACAUUGUAAUAGUAAAACCUACUGAUGUAAGGAUAUUGGCACAAGGUGGGGCUUUAAGAUUAAGACCAUAAUGCAACAGCAUGUUUAGUAGCUGUUACUAUUGAUCCUGUGCUUUCAUUUUAGUUAGCAGUUUUCCCCCUGAAAUUUGGCCCAGGGCAAGAAUGAUUUUGUGUCCGUAUGAAAGCGCUGAGCUUGUUGCCAGGCUGCUUGGUGCUGCUCGCCCCGUUGUCUGCCUCUGUCCCCCAUGUUUCCACUUGUUGCGUUUCCAUGCUAUUUCCUCCCUGCCCUCAUUCCCCUGACUCAGCUGUGCAAGUGUUGUCUCCCACAGGAAAAACUCCAGAGUCCAGAUCAACAGAGCAAAACUGGAGGAUUCUGGGAAUUAUACAUGUGUAGUGGAGAACCGGCUGGGAAGAGACAACUCCACCGGCACUGUAAACGUCCAAAGCUGUAAGUACUGACCCUUGAGCAACCAGUGAAGUCGCUCAUAAAUGCACAUUGGGGGGGAUGGUCUUUUGCCAAAAGGGAGAUCAGAAAGGAGUUGUCUCAAACAUGCAUGUAACUAUGGUAACAUGCAUGAAGAACAACUGUCCACACAUGUGGAUAUAGCCUAUGAAUCAAUGGCCCAGUACAUUGUAGAAAGGAAUUUAAAUGGAUGGUGUAAUCUCUCUGCGCCCAUUCACUUUGUUUUGUUAGCGAUGUGAAAUCCCAUAAAACGAAACUCUGCAUUUCCUUUGACCGCCACUUUAGAGCGUAAAAUGUACGGCAUAGCUUGACAGAAUAUAAAAGUUGUGGGGGGAAAAAAAAAGCGUCUUCAGAGUGUGAUAGCAUCUAAGAGGCCUGUUCGGUAGUGGUGUGCGAGCGUUGCUGAGUUUUUGCAAAGUACUGUAGCAGAUGAAAGAGUUUUGAUAGCAGCUGCUUCCAUUUGUUGGGGUGGUGAGUUUGUGUUUGUUCUUAAAGCAGUGCGGGUAUUGAGUGUGUGGCUGCUGUGGGUAGCUUGUUGUCUGACUGAGUGGAUGGAGCCAGUAUAAAGUAUAAGGAGCUCAUAAAGCAGAUAUAAUCCAAGCGCUUCUGUGCAGACGAAGAAAAGACUUGAUUUUAUCUGAUUGCAGACUAUCGGGGAGAGACAUGGCAGGUUUUCUCACACACAUGAGUCAGGAAACUGUUUGAUAUGUGUGACAUCACUGGGUUCACUCGGAUGCUUAUCUCAAAAUUGCUGGAUGAUGUCUCCAUUAAAAAAUAGAAGCCAAAGAGGAAGUAUGAUGCGGUGAAUCACCAGCGCAGACUAAUUUUUGUUAAGGUGUCUGAUGAUGGCAAGAUUUCUAGAUUUGCCCACUUACUCUCUUUGAGAAUUGGUGUUGAGGGCCCAGAAGGGUGCCUUGUGGUACUCCAAAGAGGAAAUCCCGUCGCUUACGUGCUGACACUGACAUCGAUAGGUCUAACCGUCAUCCUACGUUGUUAUAAGAAGUAAAUUUAUCAGGGAAAUCGGAGUGACUGUAGUUUAGCCAUCAAUCAGUGUCCUUGUAUUCACUUGGAGGCAAAAUAAUCUCUCCCCCUUUCCCUCUCUUUAUAUUCGUCAAGGCCACCUUUCAGUGCCAUUGUUUACCGUUAGCAGACUUAAGCUGAGCUGCAUUAUUAGAGUCGCAGCUCUUUUCAGAUAAAGAAAGGGCCAUUGUGCUUGAAAACACAGAGAUUCUUAGCAGUUCCAACAUGCAAGUUUGAUCUCCGGCAAACAAUAGCGCAGAAAAGAAGUCAUCCAUCUUGUAUUUAAAUGGGGCCUCACACUGCCUCUUUUUUACUCCCUGACAUCUAAAAAGCCUCAGCAGAGUUUUAUGGCUAGAUCAUGUGACUUAUACUGUAUGCUUGUUAUGACACUUGGCUUUAUUCCCAUGCAGUGAUAUAUAUCUUUUCACCCAUGAGCAUGCAAUAUUUAAAGGGUCAGUGACGCAAGAACCCGACCCCAGACAUGAGGCACUAACAUUUAUGAAAAAUUAAUCCCUUUAACAGUAAUUACAGAGUAACGAUCAUGUUAAUGGCACUUACGUAAAAUGGGCUGAAUCAUGCUCAGCACCCUGCAAAGGUCGGGGAAUCCCUGGUGGUAGCACCUGUUUGUGUUGAAUGAAGGCUUAUGAACAUGUGACUGGAGGUCCAUGAAACUCUAUAUGAUGAUCUUUGCAGACAACAGAGCUUGUAAUGCAACAAAAUCAAAGGAAGGAUUAUUUUACAAAGCAGUGUACAGUACAGUACGGUAGCCACAAUGGAUGGAACAUGACAAAGCAAUGAUAUGGCAGAUGUUGUUUUCAUUUACAGAACACACAGUUAAAUCAUCUAAUCCCUAUGGUGAACAAUGUGUGAUGAACUGUAUGUGUGUGGAUUUGUGUCCAUUACAUGGAAUACCAUUCACAUUUUUUUUUCUUUACUCUGUUGCACGGCCGUCUGUCAGCACCGACAUCUCCUCAGUUCACUCCUAGAUACUCAAACAAUGGCAUCACUGUGCAUCCUAUCGUGCACCAUGAUCAUCAGAUGUCUGUCUGCGUGUGUUUUUGGUUUUUUGUGCGAAUGUGUUUGUUCACCGUUCAAUAAAAAAGUCCCAUUGUGUUACGAGAGCACGCCUAGUUCCGUCAUGCUUCAGGGGAGAAGGCAAGACAGGGCGAAUCAGAGGUGGCAUGUCCAGAGACAGGAUGAGAAGGUGGAGGAGGAGGGAUUCACUCAAAACUACAUACGUCAACAAAAGGAAAUGCCGGCAAACAGUACAUGGUGCCAUCAUUAUCAUGUGCUGUUGAAAUCAGCUUUCAUUGAGAGUAAAAGACACAUUGUGUUCAUAGCACUAAUGGGGGGUUCCUCCAUCCUGGGAACAGGCUCCAUUUAAAGCGUCAGUUUGAUCCAAAUGUGCUUGAUUCCUCAUUUAACCAAGACCAAGAGCUGCUUUUUCUCCUAAGGUCAGGAGAAGAAUUCUGUUGUGUUAGAGGGCUGCAGUGAAGUAAGCCUGCCUGCCUGCCUGCCUGCCUGCCUGCUGCAGUAUGUUGCCAAAGCAGCAUGUAGCCGCAGUAUUAUCUGUGUAUGUGUGUGUGGCUUCUAGGGAGAGAGAGCAAGAGGAGGGGUGCAGAUGUAGAUGGACAGAGGGAGCAAAAAGAAGAAGAAGGAGAAGAGAGCGUGAAUAAAGGAGGGGGGGGAUGCAAAAUGAGGGGAAUGCAUGACAGGAAGCAGACAAAGACAUAAUGGGGGAGAGAAAGAGAGAGAGAGACGGGGAUAUAGAUAGAGGAAAAAGAGAGAUAGACAGUGAAGGAGAGGGAGAAAAGUAUGAAGACGAGGAAGACAAGAGCCCGCUGUGUUGCAGAGGAGACUUUCACACCCAUUUUGGAUGCAGUUAGCGCUUGCUAGCUUUGUCCAAGAGCCACCUUCUCACUGUAUCUACAUGCAGGUGCUAAACUGAGCAUGUCCUUUUACACCUGUGUUGUAGCAGACACACAGCUAGCAUGCUAACGCAGCCUGAACCUGCAUUGUCAACAGAGGAAAAAAAAUGCAAUCAUUAGGAGUGUAAUCUGUCGUGGUUUCAGACAGCGAGGCUAGCAAAUUUUUGAUGAGAAAUUUGAACACGGGAGCGUCAUUUUAGCCAUCACAGUGAGACAGAGGACGUAGCACAUGGCUGUGCCUGCCUGCCGUCUGCUGUGGUAGAGGCAGACUUUGGGAAACCAUCACUCAGCUCCACCACAUGGUGAACACAAGCCACCACAAGCACAGCAGCACACAUGCUCUCCUAGCACACAGUUUCUUCUGAGGAUGCGAUUUGCUCUUGAUUAAUCAUAUUUUUGUUGUGAUUUACUUGCUCGUGUUUCUCUUUAGUUAGAGUUGUUGGUCUUUCUGCAUUUUUUUUAAUUUUUGGCUAAAGGUAGAAACUUCCAAACACUAGCUUCCCACUGUUAUUUCACCUGUAUCAAACACAUAAGAUCAUAUAUAUCAGCAAGUUUGAACAUAGGUGCUUUGAGCUGAUUUGCAUAGCAUCAAUUACACAAGGAGUGGCUGACACAUAGCCCUGAGGUAUAAUGAUUUAUGUGCUGCUUAAACGUUCCUUAAAUAAAAAGUGAAAGUUCACUUUAACAUAUGGUGAGUGUAGGAAAGGAGGGAUCACUGCCAUUUGCCAUAAAGAGCAAAAAGAGUGUAACCCUUAUUAUAAAUACCACUUAUAACAGCAGGUCAUUACUCAGCCUAGUCGACCCAUAUCAAUAUUUGUGUUGCAAGACAAAUGCGACACCCCUAUAACUCUGAAACGUGGUGUGCAAGUUGCCCUGGGCGGUAAAAAAUAACCAGCGAAACUCAACUCAAAGUGAAUCCCUCAUGCAUUUUAAAGCACGCAGUACACUGUGGCCUCAUGCCAGCCUUGCAGUUUGCCAAUAACAGUGAAGGAUUGGCCCUGUGUGUGUGUAUGUGUGUGUGUGUGUGUGUGUGUGUGUGUGUGUGUGUGUGUGUGUGUGUGUGUGUGUGUGUGUGUGUGUGUGUGUGUGUAUGUGUGUGUAUUUGUGUGUGUGGAUUUUACUCAUGUCUCUUUGUUUGACCAGCGGAAGAGAAACGCACGCUGUCAGCCCAUCGAGUGCCAGUUUACUGUAUAAUUAUUCAGCACAGAUGGUUGAAGGUUCUGCUGAGUUGAAUGUUUAAGUUGCUUGCUAUCAAUGUUUCAGCUUUAAGACUCAUUCAAUUCUCUCUUCCUUCUCUCUCUGGCUGCUCUUGGAGGUUCGAAACCUGUGAUCAAUCAGUGGAGAAAUUUUCAUUCCUAAAUCCACAAAGACUUUUUCUGCGUGUUUUAUUGUUUGUGUUUUGCCAGUUUCAGUAUCGUGACAGAAUGAAUAACAGGAUUCAGUGUGUGUGUGUGUGUGCGUGUGUGUGUUGGUGGUCUGGAAUAUCAAAUGUCCUCUUCUCUGUAACAAUCCCUGCCUCGUCCAAAGUGGUGUUUUCAGUCUUAUGCACCCCUCCCCAUCAGUGUAGACGAGCAGGGACCAUUUGUUGUCCAUUUGGUCUGACCUCUCCCCUGUAAUCAGUCUGGCAUGGUAAGACCUGCUGGCCUUCUGCAGAGCGGUGUAGUAUAUCAUCCACUGUUUUCUAUAAGACCAGUGUAAAGGAGCAACACCAGUCAAAGUUUGCUGGGCUCCACGUGGCUUCAGAUUAAGGCCUCCCAUUAUCCUGCAGGCUGCUGUGUUGUGAUAAGCACUGGCGAGGCAGCCAUGUGUCUGCAGGCUGCAGGUCACAUCCUCGGGGGGUGCUGCGUGGUGCUCCGCUGAGAGAGUGUGUGAGCGUCCAGGAAUGUGUUGAUGGAAAUCACAGCUGAACAUAUGAUUGCUCCAACCUCAGCAGUCAUGCUGGGGCCCACCAGCAACAAUUUCGCGCAUGCAUGCACGCAGGCAGGCAGGCCCACACACACACAUACACGCGCACACAUGUGCACAGACCUUGACAUGUUUUCACUCUCUGUCCUGAAGUCAGAGUCCCAAAUCUGUCACAAAACUAAAGCUUAACUAACUCAAAGUGACCCCAUAACUUUUACAAUUGAGUGGCCAAAAUAACAGCUUAGUUGUCCACCAUUAGCAUGAACAUGUGUGCACUAAUAGAGAUACAGACUUUGUCAUGGGUGACUUCAUCACCGUGUAUGAAUCUUUCCAAAUAGCUGACCUGACACAACUUGUACGUAUAUCCGACAACAGACUCCAGACAACUGCAGACACUGAAUUCACUGUUUCAUGAGUUAAACACAAAUGUGGCACAAGUAGAUUUAGCCUUUACUGGAGUAUGAAUGUGAAGGAAAAAAAUUAAAAUACAAACUCAACUUUCUUACUUAAUAAAUAAAAUGAUAUAAGCUCUAAAAUGUAUUUACGGUGUAAAAGUAAAGACUUAUUCUUUGAGUUACAGUUCCUAAUCUGCUGUGUAUGUUCAAAGCGAAGUCAGUCUGCAUUAUAAUUGGGAGGCUGUUAAACUUAAAUAAGUUGAACUUCAAAUGAAUUGCUAUAUUAGAAUGAAUUAAAUUGACUUUGAUCUGAUGUUUUAAUAAUUUUGGAGAGGAAAUCUCUUGGUCGUCAGCCCUGAAGUCUGCUUUACUUAUCAUCAUGUAGCUGAAAGUUCUCCCCUCCCUGUUUCUCUAUUGUUUUUACUAGACCCCAUUUCUCCACACAGUCAUCUUUUACUCUCAUCUGGUUCACCUCGGUACCCUCAUAGUCAUUUCUGACAUGUUACAAGUACUGUAGUAUUUUCUUUGUGUUAAUGUCCUUUCUAUUCAGGUUAAAAUCAAAAUCAAUCAGAUUCAAUUCAAAGCAGGAUAUUUAAGCCCCUUUUAUGCCACAUCAGAAUACUUUAUUUAUCCCGCGGGGAAAUGUGUGACUCAUAGGCGGUCUGGUGGGGCAAAUUUGCCCCGCCCCUGAUCUGCCAUCAGAGGUAGCAACACAAGCGUAAACAGGGGGGAGACGGUAGUUAUAUAUUUAUAUAUAUAAAGCGUCCAAGCAAGCGUGGUGAAACAGUGCUGCAUGAAGUUGUGUUUGUUCAACACUCACCUUGUGUUUACAUGCCCAUGUGCUUCUACAUCUAUGUAAUACCAUCUGAAAUCGAACAUUGUGACACGUGUAUUACACUUUAGUGGAUUCAAUGUGUAGGAGAUGAUGGCAGAACCUGGUUACAGUGCUGUUGAGAACUCGCAGUGUGUUAGCAGCUUUUUACUCUUCUGUCUGGUUCAUCUUGAAACUCUUUAAAUGAAUCCUCUUGUCCAAAAGUAGCAUCUUUUCUACUUGUUUCUGUGCCAUCUAUUUACGUUCAAAUCAUUCCUCAUGUUGGCAAGGACGUGUACAGUCUUGCAAAAGAGUUCAAUCUUCCUCGGAUGGAUUGAAGCAAAAGUAAAAAGAAGGAGGAGUCCAAGGAGUACAAAGAUCUAUGGAUAAAGAAAGGAGUGAUGAACUGAUGACUUCUUUCAACAGCUGAUGCCAUUGCCAAACAUUUGAGAGUAGGUCAGUCAACGCACAUUUCAGUCAGGCAUACAACACGCUAUGUUAAAAGAAUAUGACUAAUAUAUAUGCUAGAAAAAAACUGAACUGCAUUAUUCUAUUUGUUAGAAUUUCUAUAAAAACACUGUCCGGUAUCUGUUUUAGAUGGGAUUAAGGUGUUAUCAUUAAUAUUGCUAGACAUCGGUGAGGCUGCCUGCAGUGUCUGCAGACAUUAGUUGUUUAUCUUUUUAAAAAAUAAGCCAGGCAUCAACCGGUUGUUUCAAAAUCCCAAUUAAUGGCCUGAUUAAUGCGCCCAACCAAGAUUGGUCCAUUUCUAGUCGAUGGAUGGAUAUUUGUGAAGGAUUUAAUAGGUUUAAGGACAAAAAGUCAGAGAGAGUUUCCUAUUUACUUCUGUACUUUCCCAAGUACAGUAACUAUUCGUCGACUCUUUGUUAGGUCUGAAACACAGCAUUGAUAUUUGAUCUGCACAGUUUCUUUCAUAGUGGUUUGUUGAAGAGUACUUAUCAGACUAAAAGAAUAGUUCUGAUUGGCAGAGAUUCAAGACCAGAGUGAUAUCCCCUAAAGCCUGCCAAAGAAGACCAAAAACAGAGGAACAUCUGAAAAUGAUAAGGAACCAGAACAUUUUGCACUUUAAUAAGCUAUAAACACAUCUGUUGGUCAGCAAACAUUUCAUAAAGUUGUGUUGCACAAACUGUAUAUGCCUUCAGAGGAAAAAGCCAUAACUUUUUUACAAGUUCAUAUUGCGCUCAGUUCUUAUUGCAGAUGUGUCUAAAUCUUUUGUGGAAAAAAAAAGGUUAUUUUAUGAUAAUUCAAACCAGCGUGUUUCUGCUGUUGUUAUUUUUGUUAAGGGUUAGUGGAAAGUAGACUUUUUAGAGCUCUAAUUUUCAUCUGUCGGCGGAGCUCACAGACAGAUGAAACCAUGUGUGACGUUCCGGGUUUCAUAGAUGCCGAGGAAACUUGGGGGCACUUUUAAGAAAAAGAACCAGAUGUUGUUAUGAUGCACUUUGACUCAUGUUUGUACAGAGUGAUUCAGUGACCUUUCAGGGUCUUUUAGUUAACGUUACUGUUAAAAACAACAUGACCUUAAACAACUAGACAUACUCCAGACUAAAAACUCCCACAGCUUUCUCUGGGCUUUUCCAGUAAGUCAUCAUAUCUCCUCUGCAUAAGAGAAACAUUACAGUAAGUACUUCUUUGAACCUGAUAAACAACAACUUCCUUUCCUCGUUCUACGUCUCUGCCUCGUAAAAACAAAACCUACUCACUCGUACUACGCAAAUGACAACAUAAACUCUUCUCCGAUGACGCUCGAGGAUGUGAGUUGUGGUCCUGAAUGUGAGGUAUCUGCACAACAGUGAGCUCUAUUGAUUACUGUGGGUAAGAAACAGCGUUAGCAGCCAUGUCUGAAAGGAACCGACCUUCACAUCUGCUCAGUCUUCUGUAUUUACAGGCCACUGGAGGACUAUCUGUCAGGCUCUGUGGAUCAAGAACCAAGCAGUUAGUCAUGCCCACUUUUUCUUUCUCAGUCUUCUCAGUUCUUGGAUCUGGAUAGGUGAUCCUCAGAGGUGGCCGAUCAGAUUGCUCCAGAAUCCCAGUUUUUCUCGCGUGUUGGCAGGUUUGAGCACAAAAUCAGGUUUACAUUGAGAAGCUGAGGAAAAUAGAAGUUGUAAUCCUAUAGGCUCAUGGGACAUAAUUAAAUUGCUGUUGGCAUGGUCUCUUAUAAUUUUGAAAUAGUGCUGAAUGGUUGCCAUGUCAUGUACUCGAUGCAUGUAAUUGAACUGAAUUUUGCUUAUUGAGCUAUCAAUCAAUCCAUUUCUAUUUACCCUGGGCACAAUCAAAAGACAAACUUUUCUAAUGACACAAAAUAUUGGGUUUGUAACGCUUAAACAUUUGGCAACAGCGGCAUGACUGAUGCAAAAACUAGCGAUCAUCUUUCUCAACUUGAGAACCAAGAAAGUGAAACCGAGGGACGUGAAGAAAGAGAUGUGAAUAGGUAGAAACAUUGAAAACAGAAACUGACCGUUCCUAUGAUUUAUCAUCUCUGUGAACACAAUCAUACUUGUUCUGCUUUGUUGGGCACAGCUCAUGUGCAGCUGGGCACAGCCUAUGGAAAGUGAAAUGGGCCACUAAAUGGCGUCUUACGAAACUACUCCACGGAGGAUAUAAAGUAUGAAGGUCAGUGAAGUGUGGUUGUUGGCAUCUCCAAACAGUGAAAACAUCCACAGAAGCAGAGUGGACUUUAGUGCGUGUAUGGAGCAUAAAUGUUGCCCAGUUGAGCACAUGAGUGGUUAUGAAGUUUUGUUUUCUUUUUUUCCUUUUAGUGGAUUUUUUAACCAACUAUGUGCAUGCUGCCACCUACUGUACCUGGCAGGGCCCCUACACAAGUGUAAGUGGGCAGUAGAGUGGGAGCAGACCAGCAGGGGGAGAGGUAUGGUUUUAAUCAAUGUGAGAGCAGAUGAGAGCUGUGCAUCAGGAUGCCCUGCAAGUAAGUCAAACAGCCCAUGCACAAAUGAUAUCUUUCCAACCGCUCGCACAACGCUCACAUACCCACAAGAGCAAUUUUCAGCUGGUUGGCCUGGAGUUUAAAGAACUUUAUUGUACUAAUUCAGCACUUGUUUAGCUGGACUGCUUCAGCCUAAAUGUAAUGUGACGAUCAUGGACUGUUCUUUAUAACCUCACUAGCUAAUCUAAUCCAGUUUACUGCUGACCCCUCUUCUCAUGUCAGUGCGGGAGUCUCCUUUUUUACCGUCUUACCUAAAUAGAAGUUCAGCGUUGGCCUUGGGAUGUGUUGUCCUGCUGCAUUUGUUAACCAAAGUCAACAGCCUGAUAGUGUUUCUCACCGUUUUGUCUGUGCUGCUGUGUCCAUUGAUGUGGCGUGUGGCCUUUGGGUGAAAGUCAGAGGAACAGCACUGUUGUUAACAUGUUGACAUGAAAAGGUGUAGACCCUGAAUAUAAGACAACUUCAUUUUUGCAUCUUAUAUUUGGAGGUUAACAAUUUUCAAAACAUGAAAUCAAGAACAUUUGAGCUUAUUGAUUCUGCUAUUUCAUGUUGAUUAUCUAAUAGAACUGAACCACCAGCCAAAAAGUAUUAAAACUGAUGAAGAUUUCUGGUGGUCAGUUGUUUCCAAGAAUAGCUUGAGUGAUCUGAAGUUAAGCUAUUUUUUUAACGAGGCAAAAGAAAUGUCAUUUAUGUUGCAAAAUAAUUUCUUGCAAGGAAGGUACACAAUCUCCAUGACAACAUUAUUUUUGUUAAGAAAACAUAGUUCUCUCUCUCUCCCCACCAAAUGAUAUCUACAAGUAUCCAAUGAUCUCUAGAUCUCUAUCCCCUUGGAUUGGUUAGUGGGUAGAGAUAAAGAAGCAUCAGCGUUCAUGAGCAUCAUGUUGGUCAAAGCAAGCAAAAUUUUGGUAAUCAGUGUCUUUAAACAGAUGCUAAGUUUUAUUUUUCUUCGUAAGCACAUGGGUAUCUGAGGCCUCUCCACCAGCUACUAUUUAAGUUUCUCACUGAGCUAAAAACCAGUUUGUGUCCAUUAAUCUCCCACAGGAAAAACAGAAAAGCUAAGUUUUAAAUAUCUGUACAAACAGCAAAAUAAAAAACAGCAGUUUAAAUUUCACCCAAUUCAUUAUUCCCACAGUUCCUGGAAGCACGUCUCUCCUCUGAAACAAGAGUGUUUGUUAUUCAGCCCGACAUUACCGCGUCUUACCUCAUGACAGCUGCAGCGUGUCACAGAUCCCAGCCUGUUUUGAAGUUCACCCACAAUGAUGUUUAGUUUCCGAUGCACUCACAGAAUCGUCACCGCACCCACGCUGCCUGCAUGCGUGUAGUUUUUGUUUAUUGUUUACGGCCUUUUUUUUUUUUUUUUUUUUCUGUAUCAGUGGGCAGCAUCCGGUACAGCAGGAAAAUCCUGAGUUAAUGGAGGAGUUUAUGUGAGGAUGGGAUGAACACCCACACCAUCAUAAACUCACACAUUGGGCAUCCAUCAGGACAGGGCAUGUGAUGCUGCGAAUGGAUUCACACAUACAGAAUAGGAUGGAGGAGGACUUGAACCCUGUGUGCUUUGAAUAUCAUCCAAAGGAAUACUUGAUCAAAAGAGGGGAAAAUCAAGAUGAAUUUCAAGCACCCCUGUUCUUUAACAUAAACCUUAAGGAAGUUGCUCCACGCUUGGAAAGCCUGUUAGAAAAGAUACACCUCUAUGUUUUGACUGCUUUUUGGGCAUGUCAGUGAACAUAUUUUCACAAGCGUCCAUGCCUGUGCAUGCAUGUUUUCAUUGCACAUGCUAUAUUGACAUUUGGGUGCACUUCUAUGUUAGUUUACCUCAGAAAAUCCUAGAAGGCAAAACCCCUCAUAAACCCUUCUUUAAAACCCUAAGAGUAGAUCAUUUUUCAGAUGUAUUUAUGUGUUUUCUGACACCGCAAUCGGAGCGGAGUUUGCCGAGCUGUCCUUCAACUCUAACAAGUCACUUUGGAGGAAAAGUAAUGUAAGGUGGCUGACACAUAGGACAUAAAUCAGCUGCCUAAUAUGUGAGUAAUUCAUGGCUUUAUGACAGGGGUUAUGCGUGGCAUGAGUUAUCGGCUUUGACAUGCAUGUGCUAAUGUGCCAGAGAGGAGGCAGCUGUUGGACCUUAUUGUUACAGAAUUAGAUAAAAAAGUAAGAAAAGAUAGGAAACAGGAAGAAAAGGCGAAUGAUCAUACUUUGCUUUUCGCUCUUUUGCUUCACUUAAAUCCUGUGGAAGUGAUGCUUAAAGUGACGCCCUUGAUUGAAAAGUCGCAGAAAAAUUGCUGAAAUUGCAAAUGCACAUCACUCUUUUUUGGGGAUAUUGAGAGUAAUCUGGCUGCAUUGUGUGGGACAGUUAAGCCCUCAGUGUGAAUUAGUGAGGAUACUGUUGUGUGUGUGUGUGUGUGUGUGUGUGCGCGCGUGUGUGUGUGGACGGAAGCAGCUGUUACACGAGAAGCUGAGUGAUGUGAGCAGGAGGUGACAUGAUUUUUUUUUUUCAUUUUUGGGCUGUGUGCACGGCUUUGUUAACUCUUCCUGGGUCCAGGAAAAAAAAUAUGAGAUUUAAUUUAAUAGCAUACUAAAAGACACCCCCGCCCUCAUCCUCCUCAGCUGUCCUGGUGGUCUUUCCCCCCGGAUGAAGAUUGUGACCUCGACUGCGGGUGACGGUGCAAGAUUCUGGUUUGAAAUUAGCAAGCACUGCAGCAUUUGUUAAUGCUCUCUAAGAGGAGACUUUACAGCCUGAAAACGAAUCCUUGAGUCAUAAAUGCUCGCUUGUAGUGAGUCAGUAAUAAUUUGCAGUUGCUGCAAACAGGUCUGUAAGGAAGCUAUUGUUCAGUCACAUCAAACAGAAAGUCCCCAUCGGUCCUUUUUACUUUGCGUUUUUUGGAUUUGCCCUCAUGUGUUAUCGUGCUUUGUGAAGUUUUCUUUGAGCACGCGAGGAACAUAUACUUACCAUUCCUUUUCUCAAAGCUCAGGUUCGUGGUACUAUAGUUUGGCCUUCACAGCUGUCUUUCAUGCUAAACCUCCCAUUACUCCAUCACGCUGCUUCCUUUUGUUGCAGCUGUAUUCAUCACAUCAUGUCUGAGGAGGUGAGUAAGUUUUUCAGGAGUUACCAUGAGCCACCAUUUCCCUCGGAGUGUGUAGGUGUUAAGUGUGCAAGGGAAAAGGCCCCACUUUAAUCACAGAUACACUCACCAUGAACUCAUCCUUCGGUAUACAAAAAAAAGGACCGGCUGCCUUAACAAAAACAGCAGCCGCCCCAUUUCAGGACGUACAGCGGGCGUGUGUGUGGGUGGUGUGUGUGUAUACAAGCGAAGAAGGGCCGCAGCACGCACAUACAAGCAGACCGUGUGCUUUUCAGGCUUUCAGGGAACAGCAGAGGGGGAAACCUUUCCGUCCGAGCAGCUGGCCACUACUGUAGCUGUGAGCACAAGAGCCAAAUAUGGAGCGGUGGUAUAUGUCUGCUGUAUCUGGUACUCACUGCAGAGUCUGCCCUUCAUCAGGAACGAGGGCCAGCUGCUGAAGAUGAAGGGCAACGGGGAGAGACGUGGAGGCCUCUCGUUUUGUCCUUUUAAAGUGAUCGUGAUCUAGAAAAAACUUUUUAAAACUUAUAUAUGGUUUACAUUUUUGGCAGGGCAAGGUUAUUCAUAAAGUUUUGAGUUUGAGUACAAAUCUGUCAACCUUUAGACCUACUUAUGUGCUUGAAAUAUAGUCCUGAUAUGUCAUAGAAACAGAGAAGAUAGUGAACAUAAUGACUCUAAAAAAAAUAGAAAAUUCAACUUUCACAAAGAAUAAUAAAAAAGUGGAUCUAGGACACUAUUCAAUAUGGAUAAAAAAGUCAAGCCAACAUGUUUCAGCCACACAUGGCCUUUAUCAGGGUUAGGCUCUCAAAAUUUAUGAUCUGUCCAUUUUUUCCUACCAUGUGCUUUGAAACUACACGAUCUCCUUUGUUUAAGUUUGAAAGUAUCAAAAAGCACUGAAGUUUCUGAGAGACAGGAAUCUCCAGUUUUAUUUAUAACCCAAAGCUGCUGGCAUUGAAAGAAAGAGAGAGAGAGAGAAAGGGAGAGAGGGCCAGUAAAAUAGAGAGUGGCAGUUUAGUAAACAAAGCAGUAAAACUGAUAAAUGAGGGUUUUUUUUUCACGAUUGUUUCACAGCGUCGACACUCUUACAACUACGCAGGAGGCAGCUUGAUUUGGUCCCACUCCUUCAGAAUCAGAAUCAGUUUUGUUGGACAAGUAUGUGUUCACAUAGAGUCCAGUAAACUUUGCUCUCUAUGUACAUAUGUGUUGUUUUAAACAGAGUAUUAACAUUAAAUAUAAAAUGCCAAAUAACAGUAUGCAGAAGUACAUUUUGUCUGCUGUGUGUCUCUGCUCCACACUCCGUCACAGCAGCCACACCACUAACCCUCCACACUCACAGGUCCUCAAACACUGACCUUCUUUCAAACUCUCAUGUGUUUCAUAAAGAUGCACAGAUUAGAGAAUAAAGCACAGAAACUGCAAUGUCACACGGUCCCUAUGUGUUUUCUAUUUGUCACAAACCGCAGACUGUUGGCACCACGAACAGUAAUUGACACCAAAAGUUUCUCGCUCUGCUUUUUAUUAAAAUACCAUAUUUAUUAAAUUCUAGAGUUACAGUAUUUAAAUCAUUAGCUAGCUAAUUCCGGCUGGGUUAAAUUAUCUGCCCCGCACAGCUUGACUCCAGGGGACACUAGGGCUGGGCGAAAAUUUACAGCUACCGAGAUUUACGACAAUAACCGAUGUCAUUUUGCCCAUGUCAGUAUAUUCGGUUUCAAAAAAAUAAAUAAAUAAAAGUUGGGUUUUGGAUGUUUGUAGGUAGGCUAUGGUCUCAUGUUGACGCUAUCCUAUGUUGGAGAUGUGACUCCACCCCAUCCGGUCUGUAAGAAAGAGGGAAAGACAGGUGAGGAGAUGGAGGAUGGUUCAAAAGUUGUAGCAGCUGGAAUGGCAGCAGAAGUAGACAAAGUUAAUGAUCUAUUUAUCAUUAUCCAGGUGAACUGAUCAAUAUUUCGUAUAUCGUGAUGCUGAUGACGCUAGGGGACACUAUGUUAGUGUUAUUUUAUUCUCUGUCCUAUCAAAGCCGAUAAAAGUAAAGUUUCAGACCUGACUUGCGCCAGUAUUGACACAGCCCCUCUUCACCAAAGGGGAGACUAUAGCCUGUUAUGCGCUCAAACCUCUCUGGAUUUAUCUAUGAGGUAAUUCCAACUCUUUUGCAGCAGUAAUUUUACUUUUACACUUUGCAUUUGUCAAUUAUAUAAAUCAAUGCAAGUGUGCACAUUUAUAUGCAUGUAUUCAUAUGACCAACCCUUGUGCAUGUGGCAGAACUUUGCAACAAAACUCAAACAAAACAUGCAAAAAAAGGAAAAUAUUAUUUUUCAUCUACAUUAAAAGAAAGUGAGUGACUCCAACAGAACUUAGUUACUGAGUUGACAAAAGCACAAAUUCUAGAGGAAUAAAAGAGUACAUUUUUUUAAAGCUUAUUUCUCCAUCUGGCCCUCCUCGGGUUCAAAUGUGUCACCUUCAAGUCACAAAUCUGCCUCACUAACUUUUACCACCAGUGUUGCUGUCUGUCAGGUUGUUUCAGACAAAAGAUGCCAUCAGGGUGGGUGGCUCUAAAGUGGAUUACCACAUGUCCUGGAAUAUGGGAUUUUUCCUUUUAAGAGACUGAUUAAAGGAUUUUGGACUUUGGCGUAUGAAUGAGAUUUAAUUCUGAGGAUGUGUUCUUGCAGGAGAAAAUUUACAGGCUCAUUGAAGUUUUUUUUUCUUUUUUUUUGCUAAAGGGUCCUCUUGAUCUUAGCAAUUAUAGUUGUCAUAUGAUUCAGGAUUUUAAAGAUUCAAACAGAUUUAAUAAACAAAACUUUCUCAAGUCAGAGUGUGAAAAUGAAAGCAACAGGCAUCCUCAGCUUCAAAACAAGGAAGCCGCUGCGGUGAGGAGAAAAAAAAAAAAAAAAAAAACGUCAUGCCAAGCCUCUUCUGAAAACACAGAGCAGGGAUCGGUCCUGUCUGGAAGCAUGCCGUGAAAAACACACACCAUGUGUCACUUUGUUGCCAACUGCACACAUUCUGGUGCCCGCCAGCGCCCACAGUGGCAACCAUUCGUGCACCCGCGCCAUACCCUGCCCUUCCUGAGCGCACUUUGCCUCUCUGCAGCGCAUGAGCAGCUGUUGUGCAAUCACACACUGGGCUGCUCUUUGAUUUCUCCUCAGCACUGAGUCGAUUGAGGCAGGCAAGACCAGGCAUAUCAGCUAUGUGACUGAAAAAUGGUAAUAGGAGACAAGAAUAUAAAAGAAGACACACUGGUUGUGGCUGUGGCAGUGUUUCUGAAGAGUGGGUGGUAGAUUAAUGCUCCUGGCAGGCUCCAUUUUGUUCAUUUCUAAACAUUCCUGUUUCAAUCUGAAGCUGUUUGAAUUGUGGAUAAUUUUCUAUUGAAAAAACGCCUUAAGUGCACCUUCAUUCAUAAUGGGCUCUUUGGUGCGUCCUGCCUACAGUAAAUAGUAAUUUAAUUCCUCCUUGGGUAUUUGACAUGAAAUCUCUUUUGCUUAUUUUAAACUCCAUAACACAGAUGCUGCAUGUUGCCACUGCUUGGGUGUGCCUAUACUCAUGUGUGGAAGUAGGUGCGUGCCUGUAUUGUGUUGGCUUUGGCAACCAGAAAUAUUUUCCAGCUAAAGAUCUCUUCAACAAAUCUUUCCUCAAUCCACCUCUUCCCUGCUUUGCUCCUGUAUCCAUCUUUUUUUUUAUAUCACUUGUUUGUUUUCUUUCUUUCGUUGCCGGUGCAUUUGUCCAUACUUGUGCUCUUAAAUCUGAUGAGAGAAAACAAGCAUUGUGUCUAAUUGAUAAAAAUCGGAUGACGAAGUAUAAAUCUUUCAGAGAAAGAAAAGCAAAUUCCUACAUGUAGCAGAUUCUCUUUGUAUGUGUCUGCAAACAAGCUUCAGACUUUGGUCUUUCUUCGUUGCUGCUGUAAUUUGUCUCCACUUUCUAUGUGCUAUAAUACCACCUUUCAAUACCUACAAUAGGAGAAGCUUUAAAAGAACAAAACCUCUUUUUUCAAGCAUGCAUCACCGCUGCACAUCCUCCAAACCACAUCAGACCCAGCUGUCAACAGCUUCCUAUUGUAGCAAAACCACACUUACCAAUUUGGCCUUUCUACUUUUCCUGCAAUCUGUUUAUCUUAUUUAUUCAUUCCAUCUAGAUUAGACACUCCUCUUUCACAACCACAGAGGGGAACAAAAUGCAGCUCGUACAAGUGAAGGAAGAAUGCAUGCAAUAUGAAUUGGCCCCCAGUAUCGAGAUAAAAGAUCAUGCACGGUCCCGGCUGUAACAGGAGACAUGUCCGACAUUCCCUGCCAGGAGAAAAAGAGAGGAAAGACGAGGGGAGCACGGGGGGAAGAGAGAGGUUUUUUUCUGGUACAUAAAAACCUACUUGUGGAAAAGCAUGUCUGGGUGGCAGAGCUAUUACAGAAACUGCUCUCUUUAUUUGUCUCCUGAAGGGUCUGUGCUCGACGGAUUUGUCAUUAAACCAUCCAGAUGAUUUUUAUGGCUUUUCACUUGAUUUUCCUCCUUGUUUGAAACCUGCUGAUUUACAUUUUCUGAUAAAAGACAAAAAAAAAUCGAGAUCUGGUAUUAAAGUGUGGUGCCACCUGUUGAUGAAACACUACCUAGCUAAUGCUUAAUUUAUUAGAUCCCAAUAAUAAUAAUAAUUUAAAAAAAAGAAAUAAACUAACAAUAGAACCCAGAAAACAUAGGAUGCUGUCAUAUAAGGGCUUCAUGUGAAUAAAGAGAUAAAAAAAACUGUAAAAACACAAAACGAAGGCAGGAAAUGAAUAAAAAACAAACGACAAACUAAAGUUGAUAAGAAACCUUCAGAUACCGUAUUUUUCACAUUAUAAGGCGCACUUAAAAUCCCUUUGGCUUGUCGGAGCACUGCAGCUACCGUAGCCUCGCGGAGUUAUUGAAUGAGUUGAAUUAAGUUUGAUUUAUCUGACUGUUUUGUUUGGCUUAAUGCGCUUUAUAAUCCGGUGAGCCUUAUAAUCUGGUGCGCCUUAUGUAUGAAAGUAGACACGAAUAGACACGUUCAUUGAUGGUGCGCCUUAUAGUGCCAAAAAUACGGUAUUUAGUAUUCUUAAAAUGUGAUGCCUGCUUCUUGGCACCAGAUUUACCACUCUGUAAAUUAAUGUGUAAGUUUGUUGACGUUAAUGCUAGUUAGCUGUUGUGUUAAAGCUGUAGUGCUGUAGCUUCAGUUAACGGCUGCUGUCACGAUGCUCUACAACCCAGAUGUAAACAAACACAGAUGACAAAUGGUAUCCCACAGUUGGGCAGUGUUUCGAUCUAGAAAAUGGAGGUAUAGCUCUGUGUUGGUUCUGUUUGGUUAGACUGGCAUAUCACCACUUGACCUGAUCACUAUGCAGCCAGCAUAGGCAUAUGGAUGUUAACCUACAAGGACUAAUGGUGGGUGGUCCUUUUCACAUUGUUAACCCCAAAUUUUGAUCAAUUUCGAUUGUUCUCUGAGUAUUUUGUUACCAUCAGACUUGUCGAUAAGUCUGAAAAUGAAUUGAACACCCUGUUUGUCAAACUAGUACCUUUCAAUUUUUUUUUUUUUUAUAGUUUUUUUUUUUUUUCUAGCUUGGUAUGUGCUACUUGAGAGUUUGUGAGAAUUCUGUGGUUAUCCAGGUCCUUAAGACAUUAUUUUUACAUUUGCAAGAUAAAUCAGGAUUUACAUGACAGAUGAGUUAAAGAUUGUAUCUUAACAUUAAACAUUAAUCUUUUUUUGGAAGUGCGUGUCCUUUUAUCCAUCUAGCUCCACUGCAGAGACGAGCUGUCAGAGAUGGACUGGGUCUGCACACUGUUCUUGUCACUGACAUCCUCCCAAAUCAGCGCCAUAAUUUAUACGUUUUUAUCCAGAUAACAUUGCUUUUAAGAGUGAAAACACAAAGCCAUAACAAAGUCCAGAUGGAAGCGAUCCACCACUUGGUUGAAUAACAGCCUUGGCUUCCUCCAAACACAGAAUCAGAUUCAUUCUUGAGAGUGUUUGGGAUGGCUUUCUAUUCAAUUGCACUGCAGAAGUGAAACAGAUUAAGCCAAGCUGAAGUAAAUUAUCAACAUUUGUCAUAAAUUAGGGGGACAUAUGUAUUACUCCGCACUCAAGACAAGCCAAUUGAAAGUGUAUAUGGUUACACAAUUCUGUGUUCACGGCUGGAUAAGGGUGAGGAUUCAGUGAGAAGGCUUUUUUUUCUGUUGCAUAUGCACAGGGUGCCUCAAGAGGAAAAAAAAACGGAGCAAUAGGGACCUCUCUUUUCAUUUUUACGAUUUUCCUAGAAUCCUUUGGAGAGCGUGGAAAGACAGGCAUGUUUAUGAAGGUUUCCAGAUGGUCCUGCUUGCACCCCCAGCUUUUCUUUUCAGUUCUCGGGCCAUGAAGGAUUAAUCAAAGUCACUGGCAAGGGCUGAUGGCUAAACACUGUGGCCCUCGCUAACCUGGAGGAAACCUCUCAGCUGCAAGAUUCAGAUUCAGCCCUUGGGCUAAGGGACCGUGGAAAGUUGAAACUUGGGGUUAAAAAACCAGACGAACUAAACCAGACCCCAGCCAUAGAUAUGCGGGUAAACCAGCUUUGCUUAUGAGAGAGGAGGAUCUUAAAAGAGUCUGUCAGAAAAGCAGUGUCUGCCUGACAAAGACACCUGAACUCUGGUCAUCUCACACAUGCUGUGUGAUAUUUCUGUAUCCUCUGUUACAUGUAAAGAUCUUAAUUAAUUGACUUUGAUGUUAUUCUGGUCAGGGCCCGUAUCCGUUGUCGGAGACUGUAAUCCAAGACGAGUAGGAAGCUUUCAGAUAACUGUGAUCGGGCUGAGUCUCUCUUUUAUCAGCCAUUUUUAGCCUCAGCACCUUUCCUCCUGGGAACAGAAGUAGAUAAAAGUGCUAUCCCUGCAAAGAUGGUGACAGCCAAUAAAGACAGAAGAAAAAAUCACAAAAGGAAGAAAAAAUAAAACACUUAAUUUCAAAAUAAGACUCUGCUAUUUUUGUUGAAAGUGCUCUCACUAUUGUUGUAAUUAUAGCUUCACACACACAACUAUCAUAAUGAUGUUGACAGGAGUGAGAGGAGCAGGUGGAGCAGAGGAGCUCCAAAGUGACAACAAGACGUCUCAAUUGACUGUAAACUAGAUUGCCAUACAAAGAUUGUCAUGAUAUCUUCCAUUAAUUUAAGGUAAAUUUUCCAAAUAAACUAAGACAGAUUCACAGUACAGUAUCAUAUGCUUUGUAUCCCAACGUUGGCGUCACAUACAGCCUUAAAAAAAGGUUCUUUAAGAUACCCUUUGCUCUCUGUAAAUGUGAACCCUCAUGGCUUAAAGUCUGUUUUCUGCAUCUAUAACAUGUGGUUGACGUAUGCUCUCACAUAUGAACAUAAAUUUUCAGGUUGUGGAUUAAGAUAGUAAUUCUCCCUCUUUUUUUAUCUUAGCCCCUCUUGGUUAAAUCCUGUGAUGUUUGAUCCUGCCGCCCAAUGCUAACCCUACAAUAUGAGACCUUCUGUUUCAACACAUGACUAACAAUAAUCUGGACAGUUGUUGCAGUCAUCCUGAUUGCCCAAUUCUGCUCUAAACUGGUCAAUAAUUAGUUGGUUCAUUUACAGACUAUAGAGCAUUACUUUUUUAUAGGUGUAAUACUAAGGUAAAUAAGAAAAACCUGCUGACACUCUAUAAUGUACUUCUUUAUUGGACGUGUGAUAACUGCUCUACAACUGCUCUACAGGGCAAUGAUGAACAUGUUCAGCAUUCACUGCACAUGUUGUUAUGACAACUGUCAACAGAAAGCCAGUUCACAGCAGCCUUUCUAGACCGUGACAAAUGAGACACAGACAAGCCAUUUGGAUCCCACAUUAUGAACAUACAAUAAGAUGACAUCCUAUGAGAAAGUUGUGCACUUUAUUGCCAGUUGCAUCAAUUGAUUCUUAAUAAAAGUGAAAUAUUUUCAGAGUACUGCUAACACAGCAGUUCAACAGUCUGAAAGCAUUUCUUUUAUCUACAUCGACCGCCUUUAAUGAGACACUCCUCUGUUGUUUGUAUGUGUAUCACUGGCCAUGUCAAUAAAUUGUGGGUCUUGUCGUUAGUUUUAAUCUGGAGUAAACAUGUGUUUUCAGGCUGCGUAAACACUGUGUUGGCUGAACCAGAUCACCUCAGAGAGAAAACAAAGUUCUGUUUCAUCACACAGGCAGGGUCUGUACACACAGCUCCUUCUAUGGGUUUCUCAUAAAUGAGAAAACUAUCUGUGUGUAUGGGAUCGCUCUUUAAUUCUUAGACAUUUCAUCCUCUGUAAAGGCACGAAUCCAAUCAAGGGGACCAAAAAAGUAUCACAGGUUGCUGUAACUCCUGCUGUUGGUCUUUUUUGUUGUUAUUUCGAGGUAAAACUACUAAUGCGAGCCUCUACAACCACUCAACUUAAAAUUCACAAACAAGAAAGACAGUUUGAGUUAGAAAACGAUGGUCCGAUUUAUUGCACAAUUUUGUUUUUUUGGAAAAGAUCUUGCAUGCUGAUUGUUGGAAAUGUUUGAACACUGAGGGCUUUAAUACAUCUUCUCCGGGAAUGUCCAAUGAUUCAGAAAUACCAGGUGAAGGUUCUUGAACGUAUUAAAAAAACAUUAACAGAACAAACUUUGAGCUUUGCCCGAGGCUGCAUGUCCUCAGUGGUCCACAAAUGACAUCUCACUGUGGAGCCAUGGACUUUAUUCAGACCAGCGUAAUGGAUGGGAAACAGAGUAUUGGGAGAGACUGAAGGAACUCAGGGGAGAACCUCUUGGAUGGUUCAGAGUUGGCCAAAGUAACUUCAUACAAACCAGGCCUCUAUGUUACAGGAACAGGGGCAAUAGUUUGUUAGUUAUCUUCGUAAGUUUAGGUAUGAAUAAAAGUCAUAUAAUUUUCCUAUAAAUGUGAUAAUGUUCAUAAAAAUAUGAUAAAAUACUCUAUUUAAAGAAAGGGGCUCCAUUUACCUGACUUCAUGGUGGACUUAGCUGAUAGUGUCAUUACUAUAACAGAUCAAUUCUACUGCAUUUAAUGUGGAUGUCCAAGCGGGAUUGAUUGUGAAUGAAGUCAGUCAAAUCAAUCAAGUCCUCAUGGAAGCUUUACUACCUGAACUCUUAUGCUAAUGAAGCCAUGCCAGCAGUUCCCACAUGUUUCAUGAUGCAUUUUGUGCCUCAGUGUGCAUUUUUCAUGCUAGCUUCAUACUCGCAGGAACAUGAAAAAGAUCAAUGACACAAAAUAUAACCUUCCUUCAUAAGCCUGUAGAUCAAAAUUUGUCCUGGCUGAUGAGACUGAACUUAAUGAUAAAUCACCAGGUCAUGUUGUUGUCUCUUGUAUUUCGCUGCUUUCGGGUAAAAGUUAAAAAAAAUUCGGAAACAGUUUUGAUGACUCCAGACACCCUGUGAGAGGAUUAUUGUGAGGAAGAUAUAUCUGUGUGUCAUCAGCAUAUUGUGUUAUCAACAUGAAACACGAUGCUGAUGUAUAGUGUUACUCCAGGGAAUUGUGUAUGCACAAUAUGUAUGAUUACUUAGUCUUACAUACUUAGUUUUUCUGCUGAUUCAUGCAUUAAAGUCUGUCGAUACUCCUCAGGUUUUUAUGACAGCAGAUACAGAGGCUGACGAAAAGAGCAGGUGAAAACGAGAAGCAAUAAGUCCGAGGCAUCUUAGGGUCCUGCCCUGAUAUUUUACUGCUGCUCAGCAGGUUUUUACAUACUUUUGUCAAGCUUUACAGGUUUAUUAUAAAACCUGAAGUGGGUCCACAUGUGAGAUUUAUAGACACUCCAUGAAGUUGAAGUUCCCUCACGUUGGCCCCAUGCUGUGUGAAUCAAAGGAGUCACACUUUAAACUGUAAACUGGACACAGUAAUCGGUAUAGUCGAACAUGUGCUUUUAAGCUUUGGACAAGGACUGACACUUACUUUACACUGUAUGAAAACCAGAACUUUUCCUCACUGUGGGGGAGAAACUGGAGGACACGAAGGAAAAAAGGGAGGACAGCGAUGGAAAGAGGAAUGGAGAUUAACAUUGGGACACUUACUGGGCAGGAUCAAGGAUUGGAUGACAGUUCAUGACUGCGGGCCAAUAAAUGCUCUUAAAUGGAUCUGUUUUGUUAUAAUGUUGGGAUACUUGCAGUUUUUGAAGCUACAGAGAGCUUAAUGCAGUCAUUGUUAGAAUAAAUUAAAGUAGUGGAAAAUUAUCUGGUUAUUUGAAAGAUCUAACUUUUCUCAGUGCCCUUGUUUCACUUUAGAUCUGCCUAACCUCAAAUUCAUCAAAGCCUUUUGUGUAGUUUACACUUAAACCGAUUGCUCGUCUUUGCAUCUAGCUAAAGUUAUCAUGAGAACAAAACAAAAGAGUAUUUCUUGCAAAUGGACUACAAAGAAAUCACCUAAUUUUCUGGAUACUUUAGUUGUGCAAAUGUUUUCUGAGAUGUAUCUCGAGAGGAUGAACUGGUGUCCAUACUUGUAUACUCCGUCCUUGAAAUGAUGAAGCUGAACUCAGAAGAAAACUUACUAUUUAUAUUCUUUUGACUGCACUGAGGGUACCAUAAUAUUUACAGGAAUGUGUUUCUGCUGCUCCUUGAAGUUCUCGAGUGCAGGCAGGUGAUGUUUGUCAUUUAGGCAAAUGAUCCUUGUCUGCCUGGUGGGUGGGGGUGGGGGGGCCUCUCCACCUGCAAGUGUUCAGCUGGAUGGUGAAACAAAACAUACUGCAGGCUGUAGCUGUUUGGAUCCGUAGCUCUGAUGUUCCUCAUGCAACGCAGAUAUUUAUCCUACUUUUAUUGCGCUGACUAAUUAAGCAGUGUGAGAUCGGUUCAGUCCUUCACAGCGGGAGCAGAGCCUGACUUUUAUAACUGGAUUUGCCAUAUGGAGGCAUGGGCUUUGAAGGGUUGGCAUUCAAUAAGUCUGAAGAUAUGAAGAGCAUUUAUUUGACCUUUUUUUUAUUUUACCUUAGAGUUAUACUUUAAACACUAACAUCAAAGUUUCAAAAGUUGUUUCAUUCCUCUAUUGUUUUUUCUGGUUUUACUCCAGAAAGUUAGCAACAGAGGGGCAACACCUAAACUAUCUUAGCUUUAAUGUCCUUACGAGGAAAUAAAUGCAAAAAUGUUGACAUCUGGAAUAGUCGCACAAAAAAACGCUCCCGGUGUGAAAGGACCUUAAAUAUUAAAAGCCAAAAAAAUAGAUAAAUAAAAUAAAUCGUGUUUGUCGAAAGUCACAAGUUAAGGUCCUAAGAAAAGACAAUAAACUAUAUUAAAAUGCAGGCCUAAAACUGCUUGCAGCUUUUAGCCACCAUUGACUGAUGAAGAAAUUAGCCAAUUAUUGUUCCGGACUUUUGGGUGGCCAAUCCAAUUUGAGAUUAAUUUCAUGUAAAUGUGACUGAGAGAAUCUAGAAAGUGGCACACUAAUUAUUUAUAAAUCUGAGAAAUGUUGGUUUCUGUUCAUUUGAAACAGUGCCUCCAAAGCUGGUGUGUAAAGAGGUCUUAAAAUAGUCAAAAGUAAGUGAGAGUUAGGACGUAUUAGGAGUUUAAACCAUUGUGGAUUAACUACUUUGGGGUUACAGUCUUUUGACAAAAGUUGCUUCCUCACAUAAUAGAUGAAAUACGUUUUCCUUAAUUGAAAAGUAACAUGUAUGAGAAAGCAGUGAGCACAGCGAAACAUAUCAGGUGUGACCAGUAGCCAAAUAAACCUUGCAGGAUGUGUUCAGGGUUCAAAUACCCGCCUUGAUCCUUUCUGUGCGAAGUUUACAUGUUGUCCACCUUCCUGUGUGGCUUCUCUCCGGGUCGUUUGUUUUCCACCCACAGUCCACCCACAUGUAGGCCAGGUGGACUUCAGAUUAUAUAUAUGUGUGUGUGUGCAUGUGUGUGUUUGUUUGAGCUGUCAAUGUAUUCAGAGGACUGAUGAUCUGUCCAGGAUGCUCUCCUCCCUCCCUCCCACCAGUGCAUUCUGGGAUAGGCCUCUGCCCCAGAUCGAGCCUGUUUUGCCGCCUUUUGUUUGGUGUGUUUUUACAGUUGAGGACUGCACAAGGCUUCUAUUUUGAGCGUAGGAGGUUUUUACAAUGUUUUCAGGUCCCGUCUUCCUGACAGCUUUGUCUGAUCUUUUUUUACGAGGUGUUUUACACGCCAGCACUGCGAGCGAGAGGUCAGGUGUGACGGUGAGGUAGUUCUGAUUAACUGGUAAACCUGGAAAGAGUUUUUGGGAAAGUUUUGAAGUGACAGCGGAUAGACGCUGUGGUAUGUUGGAAACAUUAAAUCAUUUUGAGGGAACUUUGGCAGAACAAUAAGAUGACAGAUUAUGACUUUAGCUUUUCAACUGUACUGAUGAUAGGUCGGUAAAAAAAAUCAGAGCUCUUAUCAGCACUGCUCAUCAGAUCAAACAUGCUGUCAUGAGUUACUACUUGGUUUGUUGUUUGGAUGGAUGGUCGUGAAAGACAGACACCUUUAUGGCUGAGGGUUUUUAUAUCUGGUAACAUAUCAGGCCUGUAGUUUAAGUUGUCUUUAUUUCCUUAAGAAUUUUCAGAUAGGGAGCACCUUUUUAAUGCAAAAUUAAAAAUGUCAUAACCUAUUUUUAGAAAUAAAACCCAGAGCUCCUUGAUAUCAACAGCUGUGCCUUUUUACAGGUUGAAUUUUUCAUGUCAAAUACUCACAAAAAAAUCUAUAGAGAUGUAUCAAUGUUCAUUUUGGCAGCUAUUUUAAUCUGUAAGGGACAACUGAGCACACACUCUGGAGGCGGGCACAUCAAAAUGCAUCAAUAGCCAAUCAGGAUGCAAGCUGACUGAUGAAGGAAGUGCAACAAAUGUAACCAUGGCAACAGUAAUAAAUACAAAGCAUGAAGUUAGCACAAAGAGGACCAGCUUGUUAAUGCAACAACAAUUCAAGUCUCUAAACAACAAGUCAAGUCGAUUUUACCUGCAGGAGAUUUUGUGAGAUUUUCACUUCGAUGAGUCAGGGCAAGAUUUUAAACUCUGUUAGUGGAGACCAGGCUUUAUCAUCUUAUAAUUUCCUCCAGAUACAGUGAGUCAAGCUCACGACUGAAGGGUGGGUUGAAUUGUUGUAAUAUCAUGUUGAUAUAUGAGUAAACUAAUAAAUGAAAUGAGAAAAAACUAAAAUGGAAUAAACUGAAGUUUUUACGUUGUCACGGACUGGUUUUUGGAGCCAGAUAAUUAAACAGUUGGAUUUCAUUGAAGAAAACGAUCCAAAGUUUCUUUUUCCAGUGAUAAUAUUGUGUUUGGAGUUUGAGUGCUGACUAAUUCUGGCAGGAGAAGCAGUGACUGAUGUCAUCCUGAUGUUUGCUUUGUUAUGCUAACUAGCAUGGGAAUUUGGCUCUGUUGUUUUAGUAAAACCUGAAGUGCGCUUCUGUACGACACAGAGCUGAUUCCCCCCACCAGACACAACACCCUUUCAUGUGUUUCCGAUGAGAGUCUUUAAAAUCUGGUCCCAAUGGCAAACAGCCGACUAUAUGUCAGAUCUGAAUGAAAAAUCCUCCGGCGAUCUCGUGUCACAUCAUUCUGCAUGACCUGAGCAUCAGGACGCUGGAGCGGAUUUACUGUAGAUGCAAAGUUUUCCCAGAUUGAAACUUCUGUUUCUGUACCAACAAACUGUCAAGUCUGCUUAGGUGCUAAAAGCGUCAAACAAAAGGUAACAUUACAAUCACGUGUCUGGUAUCUGAUAUGCAGAGCGCAGGCCUCAUCCUGCCGCUAUAUGUCUCUCUCGGAGCCCCCCUUCAGACGGCCCCACACCACCCGUCCUGAUAACUUCAUCCAUGACAUGUUAGAUCUAUUCAGAGUGUGCGAGAGUGUGUGUGUUUAAAUAGGGGAUGAGGGGGUGGGGGGUGGUUAAGUGCAGGUACAUGACAUUUUGGGCCAUUCCAAGGACCUGAGCAAAGCUGUAAACAACUCCCACGCUGUGUCAGGGAAAUAUUUAUCCUUGCUCGUAGAACUUCUCAAGAUAAUGUCAACACUGCUUAAAGACACAAUUACACUUGUGGAUGGAAAAAUAAGAGAUCUCAUGGAGUAACAAGUGUCUCACAUGAGCACAGCUGUCGAGGUACGAGACUCUCCCUGAAAUCAAAAACAACAAGGUUCAUAUUUAAUGGAAACCCUGUGUGCAACGACGCCUCUUUACUUUGACUACAAAUCUUGUUUUUGAAUCAUCAUUAAUUCAUCCUGCUGAGGCUCUUGAGAGUAAAACUAUCACAUUAAACAUGAAUCAAUGUUGAAAAGGUGUUUAAUGUGUUUUUCUUGUUUUUUUCACAGUAACCACAACGCUAUCUCCAGGCUCAGGCCACGCCAGAAGAUGCAACGACACAGAGAAGGCCUACUGUGUGAAUGGCGGCGACUGUUACUUCAUACAUGGUGUAAAUCAGCUCUCCUGCAAGUAAGUUACCACUUUUCUGUUAACCUUGAGAAGUUAUCUGUCGUCAACUUUGAAGUGGUUUUAUUCCUCGGCAUCCUCAGUACAGUUUGUCUUAUUUCCUCGGAAGCUUUGAUGUGCGAUCUUCUUUAUUUCAGCAGCAGCAUCACAUCACAGGAAAAAGCUGCCAGUCCGCCUAACUACCCACCUGUUGUGUAUUUUACCACUAAUAAUGGAGUGAGGCGGUGCUUUUCUCAUCCUUUUAAGUUGUGUUUAGUGUACAGGAGAACCGCACAUUAAAAGCCUUUUCCAAAAUGUCAUGAGUCACUGGUUUAGUGGUGAGCAAAUAUUUAUGCCUCUCAGAGGCCCCCAGUGAGGUAAAUAGAAUCAUUGCUUACCUUUGGCAGAAGGGAUCAAGACCCGAGUGUUAAGUAUACCGAAGCGGCCAUGAAUCUGUGCUUUUCAAGAAGAAAACAGGUUGACAUAAUCACAGAAACAACCUCUUUUUUUUUGGCUUUGACAUCAACAUUUUGGUUUGUAUAAGACUCGAGGUCAAGGAGUACAAUUUGGCACAAUAUUCAGGGAGGAGUUAUCUUUGAAAAUAAACAGUUUGUCUUCUCGUUUUUCAGUUUUGGAGGGACGCAGAUAAGUUUUUGUAUGCAGAGACAGGAUGAAAGGAUGAGACAUCAGGUCAUUUAUCUGGAAAUUAAUAACUUUUUGGAGGAUCUCAAACACAAAAGGAAUGAAAAGGGUAAAAGUGACAGAUUUAGAUAGUGAGCGUCAAUGAUUUUUAUUUGAUUUAUUCAUAUUCUGUGCAGCAUGCAGAAUCUAUUUGGUUGUGUCAAUUUGAAGGUUGGAGGUUCAAUCCCACGCCCCACCGUCCUAAAGUUUACAAGUCCUCGGGCAAGACAUUUCACCCCAAACUGCCUCAGGUUAGUGGCACAGCCAGAAGAACAUUAACAGGGUUUGUUAAUACUGAUGGGUUAAAUACAUGGUGACCUUUGCCAUCAGUCUGUAACUGACUUUGACACAUAAUGUAAAAACCCUUGAGUGGACAGAGGGUUAGAUAAACAACUAUAAAAAACAUGCUGUUAUAGCACUUUUUAAAACCUGAGAUACAAAGUUAAAAGAGCAUGAAACAGAUGAUAAUAAGAAUCAAUAUUUGUUUGGAUAAAAAUAGGUUUGCCUCUAAUAUGCUAAUGUUUGCUUGUAGAAAUAGAUAAAGACAUUUUAUUGACCGAAAGCUCUAUAGAUCAGAAAACUAGCAUCAGAUAAAUCUGUAAUGUAAAUAAUUGUUUUUCACGCUUGUGUUUCAACUGGUACAACAUCCCUGCAAGAGACUAUAAGAGUAAUCGUAACCUACUGCAACCUAAAGCAGAAGUCCAGCACAGAGUAUGUACACACUUCUGUCACGGCUGCCAGAUAUCAUGUUGAAUGUUCAGCUCCACCAUAUGUCAUUGUAGCAUAAUUCUCUGACCGGUUUGAUAUAGAACUAAAACAUUAGCAAAGACGUCUGUGCCCAGUUGGCCGAGGGAAGAAUGCUCGACAAGCAGUGAGGACACGGCUGCAACAGCCGUUCAAUACGCUGUGUACAAAUUGGAGGCAGCAAUAACUCAAUUGCUGCAGCUAAUUCACUCAUGGCCGGGGCACGGGGCCAGAAAAGUUGGAUAAUGCAGUGAAGGCCUGCAGGGAUUUGUUGCCCCUCAGCCAUCUCAUUCAAUAUAGGCCAGGCUUCAGUGGACAUUACUCACCGGCUAAACAAGUCCUGCAGACAGCGAGCCCUACUUUAAUUCCCUGCUCCUUCACUUUGAGCUCUCAACUUUGUUUAGGGGAGAGCCAAGGCUCAUAAAUGACAGAAAGAGAGUGACUCUCUAAACAUACAAAUAUGUAUUUAAAAUCUCUCCUUUAAUAUAUUAUGUCCAAAACAAUCAAAAAAGGAAUCUGAAUUUUAGAAUGAACCACAAUUGAAUGUUUUUCAAUUACAUAGAGCUUAAAGCUACACCCCUCUUCGGACAAGACUCAUAAUUUGGAAACAUUGUCAAAAUAAUCGUCAACACUGUGAUCUGUGCGCUCUUAUAUGAUGAGCUGAAUGUAAAAAAGCCCUUACUGUUAAGUGUGGAGUCAAUUCAUGGUAGAUGUGACACAAAUUGCACAGUUUACAUUCAGCGAAGUCCCUGGGGCAAGCUACCAGUACGCAGGUAAUUUGGAUAGAAGUAAGAGAAUAUGUCACUGCUAUCAUGUGAGGCCACAGACGACCUCAGAGUGAUUUAACCUUCGAUUAUCUCCAAAAGAGAAAUCUUAAAGUUGUAUUUACAGACUUAAUGUAAAAAUAUAUCAUUUCUAUAUCAUCGAGACAUGGGAUUGUUGUCUCCAUCACUGAGCAACAAUUAUAAAUACCUCAGGCCGAUUACUGCCAACUCUCAGCAGACAGUAAAAUUUCAACAUUUCUGCUGUUCAAGUCUCUUAGCCCUUGAGUCGGUCAAUUGGCAAGCAUUUUUGCAUAGUAAGGGGAGAGUUUUGCUCCAAAUUAAUGCAUAAUGGCUCAUUCAGAUGUAUGCAAACAACACUGGCUCACUAGAGAUGCUAUAUGCUCUCUGCUUUGUGAAGUAUUUUACCCUGUCACAUGUUUUGUGAAUUAUCUGACCCAUUUAAACGGGUUAGGUGGUGCAAAACCCAUCCUUUAUUGAAUCAUGCUCAUGGCCUUCUGGAGAAGAUUUGGUUUCAUUUCUUCUAAUACAUUGUAAAACUUUCAUUAUUUUCCAUCAUGACUUAAGUGUUUAGUUUUGAUCAAGCUUUAAUGAAAGAUGACAGUGAUUUGUUCUCCCCGUUUUAAAGGAAAGAUAAAAGAGUGCUGAUGGAGUUUGCAGCUGCAGCACACUGGAUAUUUUGCACCCUCAUCUGAUUUUUAAAUUAUGUAGUGACAGUGUAUUUCUUUCAUCUGUCAGCAAAGUCUCCUUGGUCUAGGUGGUGCUCUCCCCCAGUUAAGCACCAUCACUCAGGAUGAGUAAUUUAAUGCUGAAUGUUAUGGUGCUCCUGGGAGGCGUUGUGUGAAACCAGUAAAUUACGACCGAUGACCUCUGUUGGAUUGGUGGUCUAGUUGUGACUGCAAGAGGAAUGCUGGUGCCCCUAAAAGACCAACUACUUUUCCUAAUGGGGUUAUAAUGAGGAAAUAUGGUGCAGUCAGCUAGAUGGUGAUGAUACAGUAGUCAGUCUUCAGUUACAAAAAUAUUAAGCUACAUGUCAGGAAACGCUGUAAGACUCGAGACUGGAGACUAAUAGUGAACAGAGGAGUUCAGUCAGUUAAGCAAAUCUCAAAUUUCAAAGGAUUCUUUAAGACCUUCGUGAUGAAAGUCUGGAGUUUUGACUACCUUGCCUAACUGUCUUAUUGUAUUAGCUGUAAAACUGUCACAUUUGCAGGUUAUGAACACAGCUACCUGGCUGCCAACAGGCACCAAGAGAGGAAACCACAUUACCCCAUUUUCAGCUCUGUUGCACCGGCUUGCUUGGAUUGAUUUAUUGAUCAUGUACAAAGCUUCUCUGGUCCUGCAAAACACUGACUGAGGUCAAAGAGAGUUUGACCUUUGCUGGCGGUGCUCUCCUGAAGCCUGCACUGCAAAAAUAAAUGACAAAAAAUAGAUCAAUGGGUGGGCCAUGAGGGAUUUUGUCAUUUUUUUAAUCAAGAAGAAUUUAGAUUGCUCUGAUUAAACUUACAAAGUUACAAAUUUGAUUUAUUGAAUGUUUUAAGUUGUUUUAAAACAACUUAGUGUAUAUAUUACGCUGGAGUACUGGGGACACAUUAAGAAAAAAAAGACUUUGAGAUCAAAGUCGUUAACUUACGAGAAUAAUGUCAUUACUAACGAGAACAAAGUCGUAAUAAAAUCAGUAUUAUACUUAUGAUAAUGUGGUGCUGAUGUGCCAAAAGAUUAAGUAUCUCUUUGUUUGAGAAACCCAUAUCGUAGUACAGUCUCACAAAAUGCUCCAUGGCUCUCAUUUCAACAGCCACCUUAACAACAGGUUAGAAUUUAAGGACUUCAUUCUGACUUUAUUCUCGUAAGUAAGGAUUUUAUUACGACUUUUUUCUCGUUAGUAAUGACUUUAAUCUCGAAGUCUUAAUUUUUUUCCCCUUAAUGUGGCCCUAAUACUUCCUCUUAAUAUAUUACCCUUUAUUUAAAAAAUAUAUAUAUAUUUUUUUAAGUUAUACCAUGUUAUAUAUCUUUUGUGGAUGCUGAAAUCAUUUUAAAGAUUGUCUUAAAUUAUAUUUAUAAGUUUUCAUUAUUAUGAUCAACAAAAUACAACUCUUUUUGCAAUCUUGCUACUAGUAUCGGUUUACUUUAAUCUAUUCGAGGUGAAUUUAUCAGGUACGACUAUCUGUGGUGUGUAAAUGAACACAUUAACACUCCUGUGUUUUCACUUUGUUUCUACUCCUAAGUUUAAUUGUGAAAGGUCACAGUAAUAUCCACUGUGCACCCCUUGUUCUCAGGGUUUUUUUUCUGUUCAUAACCUUCGUCUACUCUUUCCCAGAUGUCCAGAUGGAUACUUCGGCCCACGAUGCUUACAGACUGAGCCGCUGCGGUUGUACAUGCCCAAUCCUUUCAAAAGUAUGUCCGCUUGACUUGAGCAGCUGACAACAGAGACACAGUUGUACCUGGAUUACCUCUGUGGACUCCUGCUGCCCCAUUCUUCUUCCUCUUCCUCCUCCUCCUCCUCCUCCCCCCUAGUCCUCCCCCGUCUUUCUCCUCUUCAGGUCAACACGCAAUGAGCUGUGCACUACACUCUGCACACGGUGGUGUCAUCCAUGGGAACACUCUGCUUCGGCUGUCUGUGGUUGUGCUGUUGUUCUAAUUCUAUGUCUCUCUCCCCUCCCUCUCUCUCUCUCUUCUCCCUUUCUUCUGUGCAUACCCUCUUUCACUCUCUCUCUCUCUUACUUUUCCUCACUCCUCCACCACCCUCUUUAUCCUCCCUUCUCUCUCUCUUCUUGUGGCUUUGUUUCUUUCCAUCAGGUGUCCAAAUGACUUUACUGGUGAUCGCUGUCAAACCUACGUUAUGGCCAGUUUCUACCGUAUGUCAAUUUCCUCUUCUGUCACUCUGUCAGACUGUCCUCGUGUCACUCGUGCAUGCUGGGUGUAAAGAGAGAGAGAGAGAGAGAGAGAGAGGUUGCUGUAGUUUCAUUGUUAUUACCUAAUAGUUGUGUCUGUGCCUCUUUAGAUGACUCAUUCACAGGCUGGCAUAGUUUAGCAGAGUCUGUUGUUGUUGUUGUUGUUGUUGUUGUGUUUGGUCUGCAUGUACAGUUGUGUGCUCUGUAACUCACACUGUGUUGCAUGCCCACUUUCUGAAUGCAAGCGCAUAUUUAACGCGUCGGCAAAAGAUCGAUGGCUUAGUUUAGAUGCUUUGUGGAAGUGGAUUUUUACUAAGUCAGCUGCAUGUAACAACACAGUCCAAUGGCAUUACAGUUUAUUCAUCUACCAGUCAACAACAAACCUUAAAGGGAUAUUCCGGUGUAAAAUUAAUUUAGGGUCAAACACAUCAUAACACCGAGUUAGACACCCCCUUGAGAGAUGAAUGUUGCCGACCCCUUCUGCUCUAGUUAUACCAACUUUAGUAACGACCGCACGAUAGCAAAACACAGAGGUCUGAGGAGCCAUAAACAAACCUCAACCAAAACGCCACUCUAUAGCCACAAAUAAUGCUCAGAACAGCACCAAACUUCAUCAACAGUACAUAUAGGGUCCCAGCCAUAGUACUAGCCACCAAACAUCUUUUUAACUUUGCCUAAUUUCUUUAGCAAAGAGACUAAACACAACUCACCGACUCUCUUCCAGCAGCCGCUUGUUUGUAGCGAAACCUCAGGCCAGUCCAUUACGGACUGCUGCGGGGGGGUGCAGCUCAAGGAAGAACAUUUGGAAACAAUUGGAAAUAUCAGACAAUUAAAAAAUUAAUGAUAAGCACAGGCACGCCAACGAUAACCAAAGCUGGGAGUGCUAGCUCUUCUAUUGUUAGCCACACUUGGCAGAUUAAUGCAGUGUAAUUCACUCAGUAAUCCUAUUCCAGAUAAACUGUCUCAGUUUAUUCGUACUGUUACCUUACCUUACCUUAUGAGUAGUUGAUUUGUGGAAACUUAAACGUCUCCGUGAAUGACGAGGAAAUUACUCACUUCAGAACAGCCCUGAGCAGAUCCAGACUCACUGAUGGACAGCCAUUUGCCAGGAAAGUGUGAUGAAGACAAAAAACAGAGAGACAGGAAGUACACACACACACACACACACACACAUUCACAAAAAUAACAAGAGAUAAUCCAGGCUUAUCAUAGCAAUGCCAUUAAUAAUAGUAGAAACAUGGGGAACAUUAAUAUAACUCAAGCAGAGCUGCUGCAGAAAGUGCUCUCGAAGAAAAGUCUGCAGGGAAUCUGUGAGACCAGAGAGCAGGAAUACUUUUUCUAAACCAUUGUCUUAGGAAACUUCCUUAUUUAGGCAAAGUUCUCUGAAUGCAACAUGUACCAGAGCUGAUUGAUGGAAACAAUCAGACUAAAAAUGUAGGCAUGUAGGCAACAAUCUAAUCACGUGCAAGCAAAAGUUUAGUCACGUUUUUGAUACUCGCAGUGGCCAGUUGUAAUAGAUGUGUAGUAUAUAGGUCAUUCAUGAGCCAACAUGACAACAUUCCAGUUGGCUUUAAUGUACUUAUUCAAUGAUUUUAUUGUACUUUCUCAGAUAACUGGGGAUUUGCCAAAGGUCCAACCAUAGACAGGAAAUAUUUAAGGUGUUGGUUUGCUUGCUUUAAGUGGAGUAAGCAUGUACUUACAAGCUGAACAUCGAAUUACCCCAAAUAGCGAGAUGUUGAAAGGAGGGCACCGCUUCUUUUUACAUUUUCUAAUGCCUCAAUCGAAGCCAGAUGUCAAGCAAACCCCAAACAUUGUUCAGUCUAACAUAAAGCAAAUUGUUGCAAACACACGUGGCUUUAAAGGUAGCAACAAAAUGGUGCUCUCACAGCAAAUGUCCUCAGCUCAGAGUUCAUGCUCCGUACCUGUGUGUCGUGUCAAACAGCUUUGCUAGCCUGGGGUAAGAGAAGUCAACUCUGCACCAGCCAACAUCAGAAAACACAUCCAUCACCUGUUGAAUUACAGCAAGAUUAGAUGAAGGUUUGUGGAGAAGUACAGCCUGAUAGAUCCUGCCCGUAAGGUUUUUUUUUUUUUUUUAAUUUAAAAAAAAUCAUCCACGUGGUCUGGAAUCGUGCCCCAGCUGCAGUUGUCUUUGUUUUACACCACAGCAUUACCUGUUGGCUGAUUAGUUGCAAUGACAAGCAAUAUUGAAAGGAGAGAGUGACGCGAGAUUAAUGAAACAUAAACAUGUGCGAAUUCAUGCAGGACUUGGCUCUCUGAAGAACACAUGCACAGGGUUAAACAUAGUGUGCAUGAUAACAACAUAAACCCUUUUAUUCACGUCAGAUGAAAGCGAACAAUUUCCUGUCAUCAUGCUGCAGAUUUGUCAGUGUCAUGUCUUUGCAAGCCCAUGUGGUUUUAAUUCAACAUAACAUCACGGCUAGAAAAUUACCAACUUCAUCUGCUCUCUGAGUUGCCUGGUGCUGCUUUUAGAGUCUCAUCCCUGUGGUCCGACUUGUAGAGCUUCCACGUACUGUUUGUUGUAUGUUGGCUCAGGGUACAAUGCAAAAACCCCCUUCUUAAGUACAAGUAAUUUUGUCUCACAUUAAACUGUAAUCCACUUCGCUGAAAUUACUUGUCUUUUUGGCAGAGCAGGCAGUGGAGUGUGGGAGCUCUUUUCCCGACACUCACACACUUUUUCUGCUUUCUGUUAACUCCAGCACAGCUGUGCGACUGCUUCAAGGAUGUCAGUUAUUACCAGUUCUCAUCCGCUCCCAUCAACAAAGACCAGGCUUCAAUUAUCUGGUGUCUGUGCUGUAUAUACAUUUAAUUCAGUUUAUAGUAUUCACACACAAGCAUUCUGAUGCCAGGCUGGGGAGUUAAAAUUCAGCUUCAUGUUGCAAUUCCAACAUUGCAGGGUUUUUGGAAACUUAGACGGAAUAAAUCAAAGUCAUUUCACAGCUUUAAAAUCAAUACGCAAAUGAGAAGAUGAUAGAUAAUGAAAAUUCAGUGUCAUUUUAAUUCUAAACACAAAAUUUGUUGACUCAUUAGCUACUGCUGGACAACAGGUAAUUUUAAUAUUCUUGUCUGAUAUAUAAAUGAUUCAAAGAGCUGCAGAAUAAGAUGAUAAGAUGUAGAUUUCUAGCUGAUGAUUAUGUUUGCUGGCAGAUGACAGUUUUUCCUCGUGUUGGUGAGAUAAUGGUUAGGUGCUAAGGUUAGCUGUGAGGACUUAGCCCUUUACUAAGUCUUAUCGGACCGUGUUAGGUUUCGCUCCUGAUUUUUCUUUUUACAAACCAUUAUUUUUUUCAGUUGCAGAUCAGUUAAGAAGCGGUGGAAUGACAACAUGUUAUCAGAUUUUCUUUUGUUUACAUACCUCCAAAGCUUGGCGUACAACAUUAUAGAACAUAAUGAACUCUGUACCCCUGUUGUUACUUAAGGGGAAAAUGUCUCAGUGAGAAUAUGGAAUAAACUCGCUGUUUUUGAGCUUAAAAGCAUAAAGAUGGGGAAAAAAAAUCUAUCAAAUUGAAUUAGUGGUACAAGGUUUACGAAGCAUUGACACCUGUUUAGAAGUAUUAGAAAUCGUCACUCAUUUCCAGUGUAAGAUUGAAUGUUGGUCUACGUAUUACCAUUAACCUUUCCACGGUUCAACAGUGCAGAUCUACAUUAAAAAGCAGGUUCAUGAAGGCCAUAUUGAGACAUGAUAGAUGCAGAGGAUUUUAAGUGUUCUGCAGUGGCCUUUCACAUAUUUCGCAUUUUCCACUCGCAAUUAAGGAGAAUAAAUCAAGUUCUCUCUCAAGGAGCAGGCACAUGUGCGCGCACACAUCCAUAAAAAUCUGCCUCCUAUGGGGGCGCCUCCCAUCCCCAGGAGACAUCGAAGAGAAGGAGGAUGGCUUCUGCUCCUCAGCCAUAAGGGCUUGGCUUUAAAAUCGCAUGUUGUCAUAAGAACAGCUGGGACUUUCUUCAACCCAAGUAAAGUAAGUGAGCUGCCAGAGAUAUGGACUCAGCUGGUUGGUGCGGCCUCCCUGUGGCCUCCCUCUGCCAUAUAAUGUAAAGUCCUACCAUAAUUCAGGGAGAUUGCUCCGAUACUGUACAGACACACUCCUUCUAACGUGCCUGUUCAUGUGAUGGGUGUGUUCGCGAACUGACACUGAAGCAAUUUUUAGAAAGCAGAAAACUUAAACCAGAGAUAAUCUCUGCAGAUGACGCAUAUUUUCCCCACACAGCAGUAAUGAGAGGUUUUGCGUUUAAUAUGCCAUCUUCCCAAAAGGAGUAUCAGUUUGGUUAUGUAAUGAAAAACAGCACCUUGAAAAUGUGAAUCUUGAUCAAAAACAGAAAAAAAGCAACAUUGGACUGUGUUGAGAGACAUACAAUAAAUACGCUGACAGCCUCUUUCUUGCAGCCGAGGACAAAGAUAGCUGAAAUCAGGAACUGCUGUUGAUUGGUUCAGAUGUAUCAGCCGUUAGAAUAGAGCAAACACUAACCCAAGAGUGAUGAUUGUAGUUUUGCAGUGAGCAGUUCUGUGUGGUGUGGUUUGAAGUGUGUUUUGCUUGCUGUUUUGCGUCUUGUCUUUAAUGUUACUGUCCACUUAGUCUGACAAUUACUGACAAAUGUUUGUUGCCUCAGUCACUGUAAAGCCUACUUUUGUUUCACCACAUGUAAGAAGGUGCCACUCUCUUAUCUUAAUCUGCUGUCUUUUUGUUUUCCUUCCACCUGUCAACCCUCUGCCAUGGCAGAGCAUCUUGGGAUUGAAUUUAUGGGUAUGGAACAAUACAUUUUGACUCUCAGUCCUAGUAUAGCUACUAAAUAGAUGUCCUUCAUUUUGACUUGCAACCGUCUGUAAAUCAUACCAUCCCUUGAUUAACCAAUCAAUUGCUGAAUUGAUCCUACCAUAACUCAUUACAAUGACAAACCCUUGAUCAAUUGCAACUGAUCCUUCAUCAAACAUCAUUAACCUGGAUGUCAUCACCUGCACAGAAUUAAAGAGUAGAACCAUUAACUGAGUUUUCUUCUCACUCAUGUUAGCUUAUUUUCCUAUUUUGGACUGAUUUUGUGGUUCCAUCUGUAACAAGCAUGAUGUAUCAUGUUUGAAGCUACCAGAUGUUUUUCCUCAAUUUCCAUCAUUUUUCUAUCCCUAAUCCUUUACGUCUCAUGCCUUUAGAGUCUGUCUUUCCCUUUGAUACGCCAUCUCUUCUUCUAUUUAUGUGUGAUCUUGUCUGUGAUUCUUGCAUCACUCUGUCUUUAGUAAAUCUGAAAUGUAACUUUGAAGUUUGAAACAUAAUAUCUGUGUUACUGGUUUGAAUUACCCGUCAAAGAGUAGAUGCUGUGAUGUGAGCAUGCCAUGCUAUAUUUAGAGCCUACAGUCAUGUUUUCAUCUAUCUGCUGCUAUUUCCAUCCUCCUGCAUUGUUAGUGCUUGUUUUUCAGUUAACUUUUCCAGAAAAGGGCUUCAGUGGUUGAGAGUGCAGAAUAAUAGCAGUCAUCAUGUAAUUAUAAAAUUCAUAUACUAUACCAGCAGACACUAUAUCGUUAUACCAACACUAAUACCAUUAAAGAGUAAGAUUUAUGUACUGUAUCAGAAAUUUGACACAAAUUGGCAUGUUGCUCUAAAAUGGCUGCUGGUGCAUGAAAGGAGGAAACCUCAGAUGGAAGGAGUUCAACAAAUUCAAUUUAUUUUUAUUACAUUAUUUAUCAGGGAACACACUACCUCUUUGCUCCUUCAUUUUUCACUAGGGACACAAAGAGUUUGCUCCGGCCUCACAGAAGCUCUUCUCUGGAAAAUAAAAAGAAUCAUAUUCAUAUUUUAUGAUUUUUUCUGAAACUAUUUCCAUUUUUUGUUGAAUAAAGUAAAAAGAAAAAUGUAUGAUUAAGCUAGCUCAAUGCCCGAGUAAAUGAAGACUUCUCUAGUUUAAAGAGAUUUCUUUAUCAUAUUCACACAGUGGAGAUUUCUCUCUUUUCAAUCUUGCUCUGGUCAGACGGCUAAAACGCUGCUAAGAAGUUGAACUGCUGCGUUCAGGUGUAGUAGUUAGAAUUAAGUUGUCAUUUUAAUUCUUCCUGAUUGAUUGGUGACUAAUAAGGCAACUGAAAAGGGAAAAUAGGAGGUCAUCAGCCAUAUUUCAAGGUAAAAUGACAUAUUUGAUCUCCAAAGUUAGCUAGCUAUUGCUAGCACUCAACCUUUUCCUAGCUUACAUUUACAUUACCUUACCACUAAUGAAUAUACUAUGUAGCUACAUUAAAGGAUAAUAUUAGCUUUCACCCAUUUCUCAGCUAAGAAGAAUGAAAGAGUUUAAGAAACUUACUUGAUGCUAGAGUUAGCUGUUGACUGACUUUGGCAAACAAGGCAUCAAACAUGCUGCUCAACCAAAGAUGGUUUGACUCCCCAUCAAGGUUUCAGAGUUUAUUCUCUGUUCUGCUUUUGAUCAAUUGAGAUUACUUUAGAUAGUUGCGAUUUUUAGACACCUUAACUUUUCUAACUCUUAGCCUGAAAAACAGCAGUUGCAGCCACUCAGACCAAAAUGGCCGCUGUGUGAAUAUAGUCAGUUCAUGAUUGAAUGAUAAAACUGCAAAAUGGAAAAAGACUCAGAGUCCAGGAUUGCAAAUUAUCAAAUGAAGAUUACAGUGGUGUUGUGCUGCUCAUUUUGAGGAGCCUUCUAGUCAUAAAGCCUGAACCAUCACAACGCCAUACGUAUAUAUAUAUAUAAAUAUAUAUAUAUAUACAUAUAUAUACUCACACACACACACACACAUUUUUAAGACAGGACAGUUGCUUAAUAGAUUAGUCUAUUGCUGAGUCUCUGUACCCACCCACGCUGCCUUACUGCAGCACAGGCAGAACCAGCAUCUGUUAUAUUUGUGAUUAAGAGAGAGGAGAUGUUUGGCUGUGAAGAGAAUCGCCAGGGAAGGAAAGAUGAAGCUUCAUCCUGCUCGGGAUUUAGUCCAAAAAAAUCAAAUAAGAGCGAAGUGUAGAUCUGCAGUGAAAAAUGAUGAACCUGCUCCUUCAAGACACUAAUUUUUUUUUCUUUCAUUUCUCUCACCGUGUGCAUGUGGUGUGUGUGUGGGUGCGUCUGCAUACUUGUGGGUGUGAUGUUGACAGAGGCAGAGGAACUCUACCAGAAAAGAGUCCUGACAAUCACGGGUAUUUGUGUGGCUCUGUUGGUGGUGGGCAUCGUGUGUGUGGUUGCCUACUGUAAAACCAAGUAAGUCCUUGAUACAUUUUUCUCCUUCCGUUGCUUUUCCUGUAAGAUUUUGAUUUUCACUUGACUUAAAGGUGUAAGAUAAUGUGCCUUUGGGCAUCAGUUUACAGUUUGCAAUGUGCAGCAUGGCUGGGAAUAAUAGAUCAGUGUUAAAUUUUUGUACUUCUUCACAAGUUUUCAGGUAAAAUAGUUGAUUUCAGUGUUGUAUUAUGUAACAAAGCAGAGCAUAAGGUACAUCUUAUAAAAGUAUCAUGAGAGAAUGACAGAUUUCUUCUACAGGAAACAAAGAAAGAAGAUGCACAAUCAUCUGCGACAAAACAUGUGUCCAGAGCAUCCCAACCGUAACCUAGCUAACGGACCCAAUCACCCAGGACCAGGCCCAGAGGAAAUCCCCAUGGUAGAUGUGAGAUUCUGAAAGAAUUCCUAACAUUAUUAAAGCAUUCACAAACGGAUAGUUCAAUGUAGCAAAUGUUUUAAUGCUUAGUUACAUCAUCAAAGCCUGACUUUUUUUUCUUUUUCACAUUUUUCCAUCUGCCAAAUCCAUUUUCCUUACAACGCAGUACAUAGCAAAGAACAACCCUUCAACUGAACGGCCUGCAACAGAGGGGCCGUUCCCACCCAGCCAUGCCUCUUCCAGAUCUCAUAACUCUUCCACACGAGCCCAUUCAUCACCUCACAGGUAAGCAUGCACAGGAAACUGCUUACUGUAUAUUCAGCAUUUUUGUAUCAUAUACUAUGUACAGAACCUCACUGAAAGUGAUGAGUUAUACGGUGAUUUGCUUAAGUACACUUCCUCAGGAAACAGGUACUAAAGCUCCAAGACCUCUUACCGAAAGGCACACAUCUUUUUAGAAAAAAAAAAAAAAAAAAAAAUGGUGUAAAAAAUAUCUUGUCACGCAGGGGUGUGUAUGUGUUAACACGGUUUUAAUUUGUCAGACAUGAGGAACGAACAUGGAGCCUGGAACAUUCUGACAGCAUCCUUUCUGACUCACCGGGAAUGAUGUCAUCAUCCGUGGGGACCAGUAAAUGCAGCAGUCCCGCGUGCAUGGAGGCACGGGCCCGCCGCGCUGCACACUGUGGUUACUCCGACCCCCAUCGGCCUGGCCUGCAGUACGGAGACUCCUUCGACUCGCUGGGAGACUCUCCGCACAGCGACAGGUGGGGAACAAGUCCGAAUGGAUGAUGCGGCUCUGAGUGAAUGGCGCACUUUUUGGGACGCUUACUUCCUCUUCAGCUUGAAGAGGCCUGCAGAAACACUCUGAGAGACUUAGUGGAAACUGACAUACAGCAGACAUGAUGAUGAAAUACGCCGAUGUAGCCAAAAGUCAAAAAACUACUUAUUUUAACAGGAGCGCAGGGCUACAGAAACAAUCCUCUCCAGCUUGUAUUUAACUUACAUUGGCUUAAUUUUUCCAUCUAAUUUUAUUUUAGGAAGCAUGUGACCUUUGAGAAAUAGAUUAGUAUGCAGUAUUGCCCCAUGACACAGGAGUGGGUGUGUUUAAUCUUUGUGUCACAGAGAAAGGUCCUGAUUUGGAUUAGCCUAGCUUAGCACAAAGAGUAAAAGAAGGAAAGAAACAGUUAUCUCUCUCUUUCAGGAGUAAUAAAAUAAUCUCUUUAACUACUCUAAAAUGAUCCAUAUAGAUCCUGCUGCUAUUUCUGUACUAAAAGCACAGAAAUAUCAAUAUUCUUAUGUAAGUGUUGGCAAAAUUACAAAGACGGAUGUAUCAAAAAAAUUUGGACAGUCCCUUUAAAAUGAACUAGUUCAUGCUCUUAAUGAUGGGCUUUCAGGUGUUAAACCUGCGCCCUAUUUCUGUCAGCGUCACUGACGGCCCAUGUUUGAACCUUCUUUUUAAAGACCGCAGAGACACUCCCUUUUUUUGUCGUAGUGACAUCUCAGAUUCCAAAAUGUCCUCCCUGCGCUGUGCUGAUGUUUGGAAUUACAAUACAAUUCACACCUAGAUAUCUAUCACUCAACACGCCCGCAUUAGAGCUGAGCUGGGAGGAAAUGUGGGAGCAAGAGUUGGCCAAAUACUGAAAUGUUGCACUGUAUGUUUAAGCAUCAACACAACAGCUAUAAAAACAGCUGGUUACAAAGAGGAAUGAUGCCCCUCUUUAGGUGGAGUGUGUCUGUCUUUGUUGACUCUGUAAUUGAGAAACCUGUAUUUAAGGUUUAAAAAAAACACACUAAAGGGUGCUAUAUAUGAGGACACACUGCCCUUUCUGUUCAUAUAGCUUCCUGUAGACACAGGUCCUUAUUAACAUCGGUUCAAAGCCUCCAGAAUCACCAUUUACUAAGAUAUCCUCCCUCAUAAAACCUCAACAUGAGCCGGCCCCAACCAGAUCAUCAAUACAAAAUGUAAAAUCUAGUGCUGCAACUAACGAUUAUUUUUUGUCGACUAAUCUAUCGACUAGUCGUCCGAUUAAUCACGACCUUCUUUAUUUAUAAACACCUAUUUCCGGGGUGUCGGCGUUUCAGGUGCUCAUGCAUCGCCGUGGUGCUGCCAUGGUAGGAAAGCUGAGCUUUGAUCACCGUGUUUUUUUGGUUUGUUCUCCGUAAAAUGUUCCCAAACUUUUGAAGUUUUGGGUCGGAGUUUUGGAGCGUCUUUUUCAGUUUGUUCUGCCAUAAUGUGUGCACUCUUCUUCUGUGUUUGCUCGCGGGAUGUAAACAGUGAGCGCUACUGCCCCCAGCACAUCCUGUAGUGCACUGCAGUUAUAGAUGAGCGUGAGGCGCCGGCAUGUGAUUCUUAACAAUAAUAACACGACGCGUCGACGCUUCGUUUUCGUGUCGAUGAAUUUGUUGUGUCGACUAAGUAAAAUACAGCCCUAGUAAAAUACAAGUACAGCUUAACAGAACCAAAACUCUGUAACAAAAAUAUCAAGUUGAUAAGAUUGUAAAAAAUCUGGAUGGUAAAAAUCUCACGAAUCUGAAUCCGCAAAGUGGACCUUUUUCUUUAAGCUUGGGAGACAAAAUGGUCACACCCUUGGACCAUUUUAUUAAUACUGUGUGGGGUCUCCAUAGGAAACAUCUGCUUUCACAAAUCACAAGCACCCUUGAUUUUAAAAAGGGUUGCAGAACUGUUCUUUACUCAAACAAAAAUACGUUUGAAUAUAAAUUUAGUGUCACUGCGUAAUGCCUCAUUUCUUCAAAAUUUGUAGUUGAGAUGCAUUGAGAUGAGUGUGCAGGGUGAUCCUUUGCAGCAUGAGUGUAACUGUAUGAGUAAAUCUGCCUUUUGGAUGAACUAUCAGGUUGCUGUCAAAUAUACCACAGCUUUACACCUUUAACGAAAUGACUGUCUCUUGAUAUGAAGACAUGUUUGAUGACACAUGGCUUUUUAUUUAUGCAAAAACCCACACUUGUGUUUUUUUUAUAAAGUAAAGCAGCAAAUGUCAAGCUUAGCCAUAUUUUAAUACCAGUGCCAAAAAUGGAAGUAAUGGAGCACUGAGAUUUCAAAGUUUUUAUGGCUGUUUUAUGCAUGCAUCUGUAAAUUAUUCCACAAUGUCUGCCCCCUGCGCGAGCUGCUGGCUGCAGCAAAAAACUGAAAUAUGAUAUAAAUCGUAAGAUAAUGCUGAGAUAUGCAGUGCUUGCAUUUGUCAGCUUAAUAGACAGCAUCUAGAAACCGACAGGUGCCUUGCAUCAAAAAUGAAGCAGAAGGCAUUUCUGCUCUUAACUGUGGGAUAUUAACAAUGGCAGCGUGCAACAAGCAUGUGUGCAUAAACAGACUGCGGCCACUGAGUUGUUGUGCAGACACGGAUUGCAUAACCAACAUCCCCUCAGAGUCAUUUCAGGUAACAAGCGCCUCUUCCAUCAUGGGGAGAGCGUCUGCAUCAGCUGAGUCAGCAGUGUGGUGGGAAUAUCUCAGGCUGGUGUCUCACACCGCCUGUUGUAUCCUCAAGGCAAGACACAGACGAUUGAAAAACUCUGAUACUCAGUGAUUCAUAGUCAGUGAUAUGUCCAUUCCAAGUUCAAAGCGAGCUAACGAGCAUGUUUAGCUGCUUUACAGGUAUUGUAUUAAAGUGUAGGGCUUGAAGACGACAGCCUCUGAUGUUUUGACCACAUUGAUCUGACAACAAAGGGUUUAAUUACAAGUGGAGAAAGUGGCAACUUUGACAACUUUGAUAAGUAUCAAAAAAAGAGUCAAAAUGUACCUUUCAUUAAAGUUUAAUGUUGACUAAAUAUUUCUAAAAGUCUUUGAGGUUUUAAGGAAGCGCAUCUUACAGUCAUCCAGCAGCCACAAUGACUUCAACAUCCAGCCAUGGCGCCCGCGUUGUGCUCCAACAUGUUUCUUCGGUUUUAACAGAGCUCUCUCAGAUAUCAAUCACACUCACUAUGAGUUGGCCACAAACCAACUUGUUUGAGAAAGAAAAUUUGGAUGUGUUGGGAGGAGAAUGUUCUGUAUGUUUCACCACAGCAUUACUCAAUAGCCGACUGCUUAAUAUGUCGAGGAAAUGAGCCAGGUAAGCUAACACAUGAUGAGAAAUUAGGAAAAGUGUUGUACUCAGUAUUCACUCUAUAAACUGAUUAAUGAUUAAUGGUUUACAGGACUUCAGGAUCAGUAAUGGAAAGUGUUUUUAUAAGAAGUUUGAAGCAAGACUUUUGCUUCACAAAACAUACUGGUCCCACAGCCUGAGGCUGAAGAGGAAAGCAGUGAAGUCACUAUCAGUCCUCAAUGUAGACUGAAGGGCAGCCAAAACAGCUGCUUUUGCCUGCUGACCUCAAGCCAGGCUUUGGCCGAAACACCUUUGAAAAUCGCCAAGUGGUCUUCAAAGAACUGAUGUGAAGAGUGAAAGACUGUCCAAACCCAUAUGUUAAAACUCCAAAUCAAGUCAUUUUAAUCUGAAUACUGUUUGAAGUGAGGGGAGGUUUCUCAUGUAGUUUGGUGUAAUAUUUAAGAUAAGAUACUCCUUUAUUAGUCCCACAGGGGGAAAUUCCCAUUUAUAUUCAUAUUUUUCUCAUCAUCAGCACCAAGUAAAUUCUGGCAAAAUAUUCAGUCAUCAAUGUGACUCAACAAAUAAAAUGUUUCAAGUACAGUUUCUUGGGGGACACCUCAUAAAUCUCCUUAGAAAAAUUGAAUAGUUUCCAUCAAGACAGCAAAUAAAACAGUCCUGGGUCAUAUGAGAAAAUCAGUUAUACUUAUUCGAGGAGCUGAUUGAGCCAAAAGUCGUCUUCUCGUGCAACUUUAACUAUGAGGAAAUACUGCUUUAAUAUGAAGGAAGAAUUUUCAAUUUGUGAUGGAGUAAAAAAAACUAAAUGGUUAGGAAUUAUUCUAGAAAGUGAGCUUUUUAGCAGUCCAUUUUUAAAUCAAAUUAGAUAAUCAUUUUGACUGAAAAAGGCAUCUGAUUGGCUCAGUUGGUGAAGCAGGUGCCCUGUUUAUAGAGACUGCAGUCUGUAAUGCAACACUCACUGUUAUGACUUCUGGCCAUGAUCCUUUGGUGCAUGUGUACCCUGCCUGCCUCUCAUUUCUGCUCUACCUUAAAAAAAAAGGAAAAAGGUCAAAUAUAUAUAUACAUAUAUAUCUAUAAAAAGAAAAAAAACAUUUGGUUUGUAAUUGUCCACUUGCCUUUUGAAAACAGAAAAUGUGAAAGUGUAUCUUUGGCUUACAGAAUAUCUAUGAAUCACCCGAACCUGCUUAUUCUCAUCCUCAGUUUUGGUUGUUGCUCCUCUUGGCUGAACUAUUCCCCCUCUCUUUUCCUUCUGCAGAUAUGUGUCAGCCCUCACGACACCAGCCCGCCUUUCACCGGUGGAUUUCCAUUACUCAUUGCCAUCGCAGGUGCCUACCUUCCAGAUCACAUCCCCCAAUGCCAGCCAUGCCAUGUCUCUCCCUCCUGCUGUCCACAACCCCUACCCGCUGGAGGAUGACCAGCCUCUGCUGCGCCGCUACCAGGUGCCCCUACACGACGCUCAGUGCCAGGAGCCCUACCGGCAGCAGCGCCGCACUUAUCUUAAUGACAGCAGGGGCAGCCUGCCCUCCAGUCCCUACAGGCUGGCUGAGGAAGAAGACUAUGAGACCACCCAGGAGUAUCUCUCCUCUCGAGAGCAACCAAAGAGAAGUGGGUCCAGUGGAAGUGGUAGCCGGCGCUGGCGAAGAUCCAGACUGAAUGGCCACGUGGCCCCACGUGGAUAUGAGGCAUCUCGGGAAUACGGAUCCCGAAGCUGCCUAACAGAUAGUGAGUCCGAGGAGGACGGUGAGAGCACGCCCUUCCUCAGUAUGCAGAACAUGAAUGCCGAGCCGUCCACCAUCUACAGGCCGGCGGACAGUCGGACUUCUCACUCAUCGGGGCGGCACAGUGGGCAUGGAAACAUGCACACAAGACUUACACACUCACGCUCCAAACCGGACAAUACACCCCAUUAAAGAGUGAAAAUGAACCAACGAAAAUCAAUAUAGUAUAGACCUGCAUCUAUAAGAAAUAUUUUUAUUUUAUAUAACUGACAGAUAUUCUAAACAAAUGAAAUAUUUAUUUUCAUUUUAGCAAAAGUUGUCUACUAGUUAACAGCAAAGACUUUUUUAUAGGGAAAACUCUAUUUAUAUGUACAUUUUGAUUUACAGCAUAAAAGAUGUGCCAGUUUUUUCACAACGUAAAAAAUAGAGUAAUAUUGUGGUGCCUUUUGCUGUAUGCCGAUGCCAGAGGGCCAGUGGAGGUUUUUGUAGCCUUUCUUAUAUGGACGCCUCAUUUUUUAUACACGUUUGUUUUUAUUUUUCUUCUGGUUUCCUGUUUUAACUAUUUUUCUUUCCAAGUUGCAUUCUUUGAGGAGUCUAGCCCCACUGGAACAUAACCCUUCCAUGUCACGCAAUAUAAACCACUUCAACAUAAAGUGUAUGUUUACAUUAAUAUGAUUCGCCUGUAGGGUUUUUGAUUUUGGAUCUAAUAGUACACCUGAUGAAUACAGUGUAGAUCCUUUUAGCCCUCUGACUAAUGUCUACAGAGAGAAAGAGAGAGACAGAGAGAGACAGAGAGAGAUUGUUUGGUUGUGUGUGCACAAAUGACUCGGUGUGUGUAUGUGUGCGAGCGCGAGCAUGUCAGUUUGCUUGCAUGUAUUUGUGAUUGUUAGAUGAAUUUCAUAGUUUGUUGUGGAAACAUCAAACAUGUGGGUUUCCUGGUGUCUCAGCAGAGCUGACAGAGUUUCUCAGAGGUCCACAGAAUAGUGCUUUAUCAGAACAGUGACGCCAUGUGUAGGUGCACAGGUAAGGCUGCUGUAGGCUUCUAUGUUAUGCAGGUCAUUGCUUGAUGUGUUUACAGCUAUACUGCCCCCUUUUCCCAGCCUGCCCCAAUUAGAGUCCCUUUUAUUUCCCAGCAGGUUGUCGUCAUGUUAGCCUGUUAUGAGGCUGAUAAACACUGAGCCGCUCGGCACAGGGUGACCCCUGCCAUCAGAGGCGAUGGCAAAACAAAAAGAUUGCAUCUGUUUCCACUCAACUCAGCCCUCCAUCCCAUGCCUCGUCAUCCUUCUGUGUCCAUUCUGUUUUUGUGGCUCGUGUAAAAAGGCCACACAGCGUCUCAGGAUUUCCACAUGCUCCCACCCCACCCUUACACCCGCAUCCCCUCCCCCCUGUCCUCAAUUUAAGGUCUACCUAAGACGUAGGUUCUCAGAUAAUGAAGGCCUAAAUGUUCACACUGAUUAAAGCAGAUCCCCGAACACUCCCAUACAGUGAGCAAAGGAAAGCUAAGUGGAAGCAGAACAGUGCAGAACAAACACGACAAUAGAAAUGAAAUAGCUGUGAAUCUUUGGAGGAUCAUACAAUGCAAAAAUAUGCAAACUUUCUAUUUUGCUGUUUGAUUACAUCAUUUUCUAAGAGGUGACUGUAGUGUGCUGUGUGUGUAAAAAAAGCUAUGUGAUGCCUAUAGUGUAGAAUGAACUAUCAUGAUAUAAUGCAUAUUUACAUGAGUUAGUUUUUAAAGCCAUUAUGCAGCCGUCUAUCAAGCUGUCAGCCUUUCUUGUUCACAUAUUCACGUUCAUUGAAUGACUGUGUUCAUGACUUAUGUUAUCACUUGGUUUAGAUCGCUACACUUAACAUGUACACUUCCAAGUUACGUCAAAUAGUGUCUCCUCCAAUAGUACUGUGUACUGCUUUGUCUUGUUGACAGAUCUUGCCAUUUCAAAAUCAGUCUGUUUAUUAUAAUACUCUAAAAGGACACAAAAAUGUACGCCCCCCCCUGUCCUCUUGUGAAGGAAAAAAUAUUUAAAAGAAAUUCACUAAAUUAAAAGUGACUUAACGACAGAGGGCAGCUGAUGAUGUUUAUUGCUAUGGUGUGUUAAACCAACAACUGAAUGCUGAAUUAUCUGAUGAUUAUUGGUUUAAAACUCCUUAAAAAGAUUGAUCUGCUAUUGUAUCUGCUGUAUGGUGAAUGCACAGUGGUAUUAUAUAGAAAGGUCUUUGGUCACACCUCACUUGCAGAUAUUUCAUUGAGUUUUUCACCUCUGGGUCUAAUGUCUGAAAAAUGCUAAAGGAGCUCCUCUACUUUCAAUGUAAUACCCCCUUCACUUUCCCCACCCUCUCACGUAAUCAACAUGCUACCAGGCACAUCCUGCCACUCUCCACUUUCUAAUUUUACGACCCCUUCCCCUCACCACCACCACCACCGCCACCACCACCACUACAACCACACCUGAUCCCACCCUCGCUUGAAAUGUUUGAACACCUCUCUUCUGCAUGUCCUUGUGGUCACGGUUAGAUGGGUGCAUGGUAAAAAAGCAGCAGACAAUUCUUUUUUCAGUCAGUGAAAGUGUAUUUCAUUUAACAUUCAGCAAUAAAAAAGAACCUUUCCCCCAUGUCAUUCCUGAAAUAUGCUAGAAAAAAAAAGAAAAAAAUGCGAGAUUGUCAUAGAUUGUAAAAUAAAAUGAAAAAUGAAUCCACCUGUUCAUACGAGAAAAUAAAUCUUUAUUCAUAUCAUUCUAUGAUGUAGUUAUUUCUGCAGAAAGCUUUGCUAUGAAUUUUGAUAUGUCUCUGAUCUUGACUUCAGGUUACACUCUGCU